CGGAAGCAGAUUCCGCGAGGCCGCCGUGUGCGUGCGCGCGCGCGCGCGCCCCCGACAGGAUGGAUGGAGGCUGUGGGAAAGCAAUGCGCGCUCCCGCCUGGCUGGAGUGGGCGGAGGAGAGGAAGUGAACGCGCUCCGGCUGGAGCCACACAGGAGUUGUUUAGAGUCAACGGAGAGAAAAGCGGAGUGAAAACAACCCCCUCCACCGAUUGUACAACUGUGAAUACCCCGAGAGUCGGCACCGGGAGACCCCCGAGAGCCAGCGCCGGGAGACCCCCGAGAGUCAGCGCCGGGAGACCCCCGAGAGCGGGACACACUGACUGACUGACUGAGGAGCCGAGUGAGUUAUGGGAACGGUGGGGAGGGUUAGAUGGUGGGGGGGGGUUAGGGAGGUUGAAGGGGGUUAGGGAGGGUUAGAUGGUGGGGGGUUAGGAGGGUUGAUGGUGGGGGUUAGGGGAGGGUUAGAUGGUGUGUGGGGGGCUGAGGGUUAGAUGGUGUGGGGGUUAGGGAGGGUUAGGGAUGGUGGGGGGGUUAGGGAGGGCGAUGGUGGGGGGGUUAGGAGGGUUAGAUGGUGGGGGGGGUUAGGGAGGUUAGAUGGUGGGGGGGGUUAGGGAGUGGCUAGAUGGUGGUGUGGGGGGGUUAGGGAGGGUUAGAUGGUGGGGGGGUUAGGGAGGUUAGAUGGUGGGGGGGUUAGGGAGGGCUAGAUGGGGGAAGAGGGAGGGGGUUAGAUGGUGGGGGGGGGUUAGGGAGUGCUAGAUGGUGGGGGGUUAGGGGAGGGUUAGGAUGGUGUGUGGGGGGGUUAGGGAGGGGUUAGGAUGGUGUGUGGGGGGUUAGGGAGGGUUAGAUGGUGUGGGGGGGGUUAGGGUUAGAGGGUGGGGGGGCUAGGGGAGGGUUAGAUGGUGUGUGUGGGGGGGGGUUAGGGGAGGGUUAGAUGGUGGUGGGGGGUUAGGGAGGGUUAGAUGGUGUGUGUGGGGGUUAGGGGAGGGUUAGAUGGUGUGUGGGGGUUAGGGGAGGGUUAGAUGGUGUGUGUGGGGGUUAGGGGAGGGUUAGAUGGUGUGUGGGGGUUAGGGAGGGUUAGAUGGUGUGUGGGGGUUAGGGGAGGGUUAGAUGGUUAGUGGUUAGAUGGUGUGGGGGGCUAGGGAGGUUAGAUGGUGAGGGGAGGGGUUAGAUGGUGAGGGGGCGGCUAGAUGGUGACAAGUGAGGGGCGGUUAGAUGGUGACGGGGUGGGGCGGCUAGGAUGGUGACGGGGCAGGGGCUGGGUUGCGGUUAAAUGAUGAGGAGGAGGAGGAGGAGGGGGGCUAGGGGCGGGUUAGAUGAGGAGGAGGAGGGGGGUCUAGGGGCGCGUUAGAUGACGGGGCAUGGAGAACUAUAGACCCAGGUUAGGUGUAGGGGCUACUGAAGGGUUUAGGGUUAGCUGAAAGGACACUGGGGUGAUUUGGGCUAUGUUAGAUGGAGGGGCCACAGUGAUAGUUUAGUGUUAAGUUAGAUGAAGGGGGCACGAGGUGGUUUAGGGUUAGGUUAGAUGGAGGGGACAUUGGUAGGGUAGAGGUAAAUUUACUAGAUAUUUAGGAACUGUUAAUUGGGAAGGACAUAAAUAGAUAUGGGAGCAUGGUGACAAUUCAAGUUAACUGGAGUUGGAUUGCAGUAUUGUAGGGCUCAGUUUACCUAUUAGGGGUCAUGGUGAAGUUUAUUGGCAAGUUAACUGGAAGAGACUCGAACAACUCUCGGGCAGGUUGGAUGGGGAACGAAAAUUAGGCAGGUGAAGAAUUAGCCGUCUGAGGAAUAACAGGUGUGAUCACAAGCUGAUUACAUUAGCUAGUUUAAGUAAUGCAAAAACAAAGUGGAAUACCGCGCCACAGAGAUAUGUGAAAUACUCAAUUUAAAAAAGGGAGAUAUAUACAUACACACACAUACGGGAUGUUCCAACAAUAUAACAGUGAGUGUAAACCUUUAAAAGAGAUAAAUUGAAAUAAUAGUGCAGUAUGUCAAUUUAAAUUAAUUUCAUAUAGAAUAUACGGGAAACCCAGGGAAUCUAACAGCUGGGAGAGAGGAGGCAGUUAAGCCUGAGACUCUGAGAAAAAAAAUUGUGAAUUUAUAUCGCAAACUACAAUAUGUACUGAUAUAUAUUGCUCCGUGGCAGAUAGCUUGGGGUUCAUCUUUUCACGUGUUUGCUCAAAUUUUGUCCAUACCUCUUUUACCUCCUACUUUGCUCCUUGAUACAUCUUCUGUUCCUGGUGCACUUUGGAUCCUGCCUAUAUCCUCUGGUGGGGAUUAUACCACCACAAGCUCUCAUUACCAGAGCAAGUUUAUUGCUCUGGAAAUUGUAAGUAAGAUACCUUCUCUGCCAUAUGCUAUCUAUCAGACAUACUGGACUAUUGGAUUUUAUUUGUGUUUUCUGUUCUAUGCACAAUUGUGGAGAUCUGGAAGCUAUGCCUCACCAUUAUUCCUAUAUCCUAAGACGGGGAUUAUACCGUACAGGUGCUAUACAGUAGAGCUCUUAGUAGCUCUGGAAAGUGUGAGUUAGUUCUUCUACCGGUUUCCCGUAUAUUCUAUAGGAAAUUAAUUUAAAUUGACAUACUGCACUAUUAUUAUUUCAAUUUAUCUUUUUUUGUCAUUCUCUUUUUAUUGUUGUUUCACAUAGCAUGUACAUGACAUCCAACCAAUGCGAUAUACAUUGAGGAAACAGAGAAAUAUGAGAAGCAAAGGCAUCUUUCCCCUUACAGCAUUUGUUUGGAAGUUUAUCCCUUUUCCUCCGUCCCCUUACAGCGGUCUUCCCGUCUGACCCUUUCCCCCUCACCCCCCUCCCCUAUCCGUCCCACGUCUACAAGCACUAUGCUGUCCUUGCUUACUGACUCAGUACCUACAAUAUUCGCCUGUCGAAUAGAGUUGUUUAAUGUAUAGGGGCAUACGACUACCGUUUGCCCAUGUUAUCUGGGCCCUUUCUAGGGCUUUAGACGUUUCUCUCGCCUUACAUCCCGGGGUUUAGUUCGCCUUACUGAGAAGACUAUACGGCUCACUCAACUCCCUAUCGGAAACAGGUAUAGCCCCUUAUGACCCCUCCCUCGGUAUGGGUCCCCUCUAGGCGACCGGUGCUGGAUUAGAUUCCCACAUCUCCACCUCCAGUGGUGGUACCCCCGGGGUGGGGGGCUCACGCCCUUGUUCCCGACAGGAGUCUGCCCGUGUCGACAGGUGCCUCUAUUGUUCCUCUCGUAGCAUGUGGGAGGUUGUCUACCAUGUAGUCCUGUUGCCCUACUACCCAUCUUUGUAUUUAUUGGUCAGGGGUGGACUCAAGUUCUCUCCGUUGGGUGGAAUCUAAAGUUGAGCUGGCGUCCGUCGAAGGUUAUGGGUGUCUUACCCGUCUUAAUGUGUAGUACGUCCUAUGUCUGCGUGACCUCGGUCUUACCGCUAAUCAUGCUGCACCCUUCUCGAGGUAGGUGCUCCAGGGGUACCAUUUGAGGGCGCACUUGUCCGAGCGCUCCUGCAGGGAGGCCGUCAUGAGUUCCAUUUCGUGUAUGGCUUCUACCUUAUCCACCCAUUGGCGAUAUGUGGGGAUUGUCUGGGCCUUCCAGUGUAGGGGUAUGAGUGUUUUGGCUGCGGUGAGCAAUUGUAUGGUGAGCGAGUUUUUGUAUUUGCUCAAGGGUGUGUUUGUAUGGUUCAGGAGCAUCUGCAGGGGUUGGAGGGGAAGGUCUGUGUCUGUAAUUUCCCUGAUCUUAUUAUUAAUCAUCCGCCAAAAUGGAACUAUGUGGGGGCAGGACCACCAAAUGUGCAGGUAUGAGCCUAGUUCUACCCCACAUCGCCAACAUUCCCCCACGUCCGCCUGUGUCAGGUGUCUAAGAGUGUCGGGUGUGCGGUACCACCGUGUCAAAAGCUUGUAACUAGUUUCUUGAAAUUUGGAACUUAUCGAACAUUUGUGGGUCAGGAGAAAGAUUUUUUCCCAUUCUAUAUCUGUCAACUGGGUUCCAGUCUCCUGUUCCCAUUUAUUGGUGAAGCCCAAGGGACCCGAAUCCGCCGUCCGCAUGAGGGACCCAUACAUUCGCGAGACGCCGUGUUCUAUAUGUUUCCUAUCGGUACACAUUUGUUCAAACUCUGUAAGCUGCCUAUGUAUAUGGGCCUUCCCUGGCAGGUGGGCAUGGUAUGCCUUUAUCUGGUGAUAGUGAAAGGAGUCCAACGGCGUAGGGAGUCGAUCUCCCAUUAGGUCUCGUAGGCUUCUGAUCCGGCCACCCUCACUCCAUUGAUGUAGAUAAUUCCAGUCCGAGGCUUGGAGGCGUAUAAGAGCCGCCGGCUGUAGUCCUCCAGCCAGGUCUGGGUUAAACGUGAUGGGAGUCAGGGGGUUCGGGGAAGUCGUCAGCUGCCGGGCAUAGCGCAGUUUGCACCAGACUCUCAAUGUGGCGUCUAUGAUAGGAUUAGUAGUCUGAAGGUCCCUAUAGGUGGCACUCCCCAGCCAGAGUCUGGAUGGGAUGCCACCUCGCGUUUGUUCCUUCUCCAGCGUCACCCAUCGUUUUGGUCCCGGAAGGGCGUGCCAGUCGAUUAUCCUGUGCAGGUGCGCGGCUUGAUAGUACAUGAGCAAAGAAGGCAACCCAACUCCCCCUUCCAUCUUGGGGCGCUCCAGGGUCGCCCGGCGGAUACGCGUCUGUCUUUGAUUCCAUACAAACUUGCGUAUGACCGUGGUUGCCGACCUAAAGAAUUCCUGUGGGAUCUGCGUGGGCAGGGUUGCAAACAGAUAAAGCAGACUCGGGAGUAUAUUCAUCUUGACUGCGCUGAUGCGACCGAACCAGGUAAGAUACAGUCCUGACCAUCGUGUCAGGUCCUGCUGUAUAGUGGUGAGCAUGGGAAGGAAGUUGAGUUGGUACAGGAGGGAGAGGUCCUUCGGCAGCCAGGUGCCCAGGUAGCGGAUUUUUGAUUCCCGCCAGGCAAAGGGGAAUUGGGAGCGAAGGUGGUCUGCGAGGCCCCUCUCGCGUGUUAUCAGCAUGGCUUCCGACUUAUCUAGAUUCAGUUUUAGGUUGGACACUUUGCCAUAUACGGUAAACGCUCGUAAUAAGUUUGGUAUGGAGACUAAGGGCUGCUCCAGGAAGAAGAGCUUUUAAAGUUUACACUCACUGUUAUAAUGUUGGAACAUCCCAUAAGUGUAUGUGUGUAUAUAUAUAUAUAUAUCUAUAUCUAUCCCUUUUAAUUGAGUAUUUCACAUAUCUCUGUGGCGCGGUAUUCCACUUAGUUUUUGCACUCUUUGGUUAUUAGCAGGUAUUGGGAAGCCCUGCUGGUUUACUGCUGCCGUUCCUAUAGUUAUUUUAGAGAGCGCCUACACUUGUUUCAGUUUAAGUAAUGCACUUAUUGCAAUGAAAGCUACCAUGUCUAGGGUAUAUGUUUCUUUAUAAAGAUUCCUGUUGCAGUAAACACCUCCUGGUGAAUGCUGCAAUAUGGUCCAUCUGCACUUGAUCCUUAAAUAAAAAUAUAUUAUUGAACUAUUAACAAAAUUAACAGGAAUUUAAUGGAAUUUCAAAGUUAAUUUAAAGUAUUAGGCCAAAACAGCAGAACUGGAGAAAUACUCCUAAUUUAUCUAUUUUUUAUAUAUUUGUUUGACGAAAAUUUUAAAUUCACUUUUAAUUCAAAUUUUUAGUUAAGUGUGAACUUUUCUACCAAAGCUUUUAUAUUCAAAUCAAAAUAUACAAGACGGAUAGAAGUACUGUAAUGCAACUCUUUAUGCAGAUUAUUAUUAGUGCUACAAUCAUUUUGUAGUGAGAACUAGUUCACUUUUAAUUUUGUCCGAUUCUGCUGGAGUUUUUAUGAAUUUCUCUGUUAAACAUUGCCAUUUCAGGCAGCAAUAUUGUUUUUUGACUUUAGUCUUGUGUUCUUUACUAAUUUGCUGGUUAGCUGUUAUGUACACAUUACUUACAGUACUUCUGCAAUACAUUGGGAGGUGUGGGUGGAUAGCCUGCCUAUGUGCAAAUAUAACAUUGUGUAGAUUAUAUUUUGCAUGCAAGCAUUUGAGUUUGUGUACUUGCUGCGCAAUGUUGCAGACUGCGAAGGAAUAGCUCCAUCACUUCUCUUGGUUGAUUUCGUGGACUUAUAUUUCUUUGUAUUCUGAUUUGUUUUACUUGGUUUGUGGGAUUUUCCUAUUGGAUUGGGAACCGAACCAACUCCUGAACUACCGACCCCCUCCGGGAUGCUUGUUAAACUCUAUUAACACCGUGUAACAAUUCUAACCGCAGUGUUCUAAGUGUUUUGUCUGGCCAUCUUGUUCGCACAAACGCAGGGAACUAAAAUCGGACACUCAAACUCCCGAAUGCCCCGGAAUUUCCAUCAUUGCCUGCGGUCGGGUUCAGUACAUCCUGGAAGGGCACUGUUCAGUGGAAUUGUUCGUCUGGAUGAGGGGAGCAAGCACCACAGUUCGAAUGUAAACUACUUUCGGUAUUUUAUUAAUUUUAAACUACCGAAGUUGACCGACUGCGAACACUUUUCUUAUGGAACUAUUUUGGGCAGGAGCCUCGUGUGCGGUCGGGCAAAAAAGUGACUUCCAUGGAGCUACCGAAGUGAUCUGGGUGAUUUUUGGAUUUGUUGGUCACUCAGAUCGGGGCUAUCCAAGGUUGUAACUUUCGUGGGGUUUUCAUGUAUUGUGGGGUACUUUUGGGGUGUCUGUAAAUUGUUUUUCUGUACCUGGAGAAAAUUGAGUUUGUACAGUUCCUGACUCCAUUAUCUCCCAGGUACAGGGGAGGGAUUACCCUGCUGUUUUGUGUUAGAAACCCGUUGCAUUGGCAUUGUCAUAAAAGGGCAUGUUUUGCCCUGCAUUAAACAGUCUUCUCCUAGCAUUAAGCUCAUGUGUGGAGGACUUGUGAUACUGGCAAUAUUUUUGCUUCAGGAUUAUUGGCGUUAUUUUAUUUCGGGAAAAGGGAAUCCGUGGCGGUGAUACCUUGGCAGACUGCCACACAGACGUAUGGACGUUUUUAUAAUAAGAUAAAUUGGAAGUACCUCAGACUUGCUUCAAUAUUUGUUUUUCUAAUAUGUAUUUUUUUCCCCAAUGCAAAAUGUAUAAAACUCCCUCUGAAAUUGACAUAAAAAAACAUAUUUGGAAAUUCAAUCAUUAAAGUCUCCCCGUAUCUUCUUUUAAUAUAUAUUCUGUAAGGUAUAAGCUUUCUUUUGAAUAUUUUGUUGGUGUUUUACGUGGGAUCUGUUCACUAAAAGCUGAAAUGCUUUAAUUUUAAGCUAUAAUGGUCGCGUUGUUUUUUUAUUUAUUUUUUUAACUCUGUAGAGUUGCCUCCCUCUACUUUUUUUGUAUUCUUUAUUUAUCACUCGAUAAGAAUAACAAGUGUACAAUGAACUUUUGGGCUUACGCAGAAGCCAACAUAAGUAAUAUUUAUGGAAAAACAAUGCGCUUCAGGUGAACCAUGUGAUACAAAUUCUUUAAUCCUUUGAGACAUGUCUCCCAUCGAGGGAUUUUGUAUUUUUUAAACAGGCAUUCAGACAAACAUAAGGAUCCUUAUCAUAACAACUGCUCCUUAGCCCUUGGAUUUCCUUAUUCCUCCAUUAUUUUGCCUGGGAUAAAUUGAAGAGAAAUUAAAAAGCAGGGAAGCAAAAAAAAAGGAAAGAAAUGAUAAAGAGGCCUCCUUCCCUCUCCUAACUCCUGAUAUUAUACCUGUAUUUUGCACAGCUCAUCUCAAAAAUACUAUUUGGGUAGUAGAUCUGUACAAAUUUGACUUCCAUUUUCCCUUUCGCUUUAGGUUUUCUGUUGUACCGUGCUGAUUUUAGAAUGGUAUUUGCAGUUAUUUAUGCCUAGUGUACUGUUACUUGAGGUCACUGGGAGAGUUCCAGACAUUGUAGUGCUAACAAAAAUGUGAAACUUGUAUGAUUGCUCUGGCCAAGGCUUUUUUCAUGCCUUAUGUUUCAUCACGUGACUUGUGGAACUGCUACUAGUCACAUCAUUGAGACUGUUUCCCAAGCAGAUAUGAAAAUAUGUAAAAGAUAAAUUGCAGGCAAGGGUGAUUUCUGUGUGUAUUACUGACAGACUUGGCAAAAUCUGUGCAGAGCAGCAUCACAGAGGUUAUUGAAUGACAUUUUGUGGGAUUUAUGUGUUCUUGCAACCAAACUUUUUUUUUUUUUUGUCUCCUCAUUUUCUGAUUUCAACCUCUGUACGAUGUUGGUAACAUGAAAUGCCCAUUAUUACUAUAGUCCUCGGUAAUCGAACAAUGCCACCCAGUCGGUUUACAUUAAAUUCCUUUAUUCUGAACAUGUCUUCAUCAACAUAUACCAGAAUAUGACACUCAUAUAAUUUAAAUAGACAUUGGGGGGGAGGGAAGGGGGGGGGGAGAGAAUAAAACAAACUGUACCAUAUUUGAAUGAAACUUAAGCUUGGGGGGGUGUAGCCUGUGUGCGUAGGGGAAGGGUAGGCAAACUUCAUAUGUUGUGGAUGAAAUAUAUAUAUAUAUAUAUAUAAUUUGUGCUUAUUUAUCUUUGUAAAAAAUGGCAUGUUUGUGUUCAGGCAAGUCCUCAGCUUUGUGUAGUAAACUUGUGAUAUACAUAGUUGCAAAACAAACUGGGACUUCCUGUUUAAUGUGUUUAAAUGUACCUGCCUUCCUGAAGCAAUCCUGAGUGCCCGAAUCUAAUUUAUUUUAUCUACUAAACUGAGUUUUGCCAACCCCGGCCCUGAUUAGCACCUGGAUUCCUAAGUGUGAGUGCGGUAUCCUCCGUUUGUGAGUUACUACAUUAGAGUGCCAACAUAAUUAUCAAUUCUGCAUACUAAAUAAUAUAGAAAUGAUUGUACACAAAUUGUGGAAUAAGAGAACUAUUUGUGAUAAGGACUCUGGUCAGCUUGAUUUCAACAUGCUUAUUUUUAGAUUAAUUGCAUGUUCUUAUCGCCAUUUCCUAUUGUGUUUUGACUUGUGUGUGUUGUUUUUUUUCUUUCUUUUGCUCACAGGGUGUUGCUGCUUGGAAGUAAUACAUAAUGGGUAAUGUGACCGGGAUAAAUGCAAUGUAAAUCUGCAUCCAUAGAUCAGCAUCAAGCCUAGGUGAUAUUUCAGUAAGUAUAUUUAAUUAAUUUUUAUAAAGUAUCAUUUAAGCAAACUCUUUCUUGACCAAGCUUAUUGAAAUUAAUCGUCAACAUAGAUCUGAAUGGAUACUAUAAAAAACAGACGGUCAAUCAGUGUAUCGCUGUGCCCUGUAAUAUUUCUGGUUAAGGUGUUCUCAAAGGUUGGAUGCAGUUUCUUUCUUUCAAUUUGUUAAAAAAAAAUUUAUAGCUUUAAUUACUUGUAGGAACACUUCAAGCACCACAGUUCAUUGUAGUGGUUAUGGUGCCAGGAGUGCGCUGGCACCGUCCCAGUGUAAUUUCUUAAAGUAGUUUAGAAUGGUCUCCAGCCGUCUGCAGCCCCUGUAUCUGGGCGUCUCCUGCAGGAGAAUCCAGUUGGCUCUGCUGACCAUUGUAGGGCUGCGCCCAUUGGCUGGGGUCCUGAAUCAGCUGUGCUUUGCUGAGCAGAGAAAUCUCACUUCUCCUCCUGGAGAAAACUGGAUUUGGUGCGGGCUCCUAGGAGACCCUAGGUGUCAGUUUUCGAUCCCCUGGCACCAUAACCACUAUAGCGGGCUGUAGUGGUUAUGAUGCUUCGUGUGUUCUAUUAAUCAUGCUGCUGCUAGACGUUGUGAUAUUAUGCCUGUUGAAGUCACAAUCAGAUUCUCUCAUGUUUUUGAAUUUGUUUACGUUUCAUAUUAUUUAUAACUCUGGAAAUAUAAAAAAUAUAUUGUAUUUUGCAUAAUCCUGUGCUACUUGUAUUAAAACACACAUUUUGUAAUCUUGCAGUUUUGUUAUCUUCUCAUCUUGAGCCUAAAUUACUUAAAGGAACACUAUAGAGUCAGGAACACAAACUUGUAUUCCUUAUUAUAUUAUGUUAAAACCACCAUCUAGCCACCCUGCCUCUCCUUACCCCACUAAAUAUAAAAAAAUCUUUUACCUUCAUUGCAGUCUGCUGCUGCUGGCUCUGCCCCUGAUCUGCCUGCUUGGCUGACAUCAUCAGAAAUGGUGUUCUGAACCAAUCACAAUGCUUUCACAUUGGAACUUAUUGGCUUGGCUGAGCUUGUCAAGGAGGCAGAUUUGGGGCAGAGCCAGCACAAGCCAAACACAGCCCCGGCCAAUCAGCAUCUCCUCAUAGAGGUGCAUUGAAUCAAUACAUCUUUUCGAGGAAAGCUCAGUGUCCGCAUGCAGAGGGUGGAGACAGUGAAAGUCAGUGCUGCGCACUGCCCCCAGAAGCACCUCUAAUGGUGGCCAGUGGAGUUAUCACUAGGCCGUAACGUAAACACUGCAUUUUCUCUUAAGACUGUAUUUACUGCAAAAAGCCUGAAGGUAAUGAUAAUACCAGAACAAAUACAAUAAGCUGUAGCUGUUCUGGUGACUAUAGUGUCCCUUUUAAGAUAAGUUUAGUGUAGAAACCGGUAAUGGCCAGAAACAUCAUGUCUUUUAGUUGCUUUGAAGUUUACCUCCAGUAAUGCUCACUGCUGUGAAAGCUUUACGUCACAGUAGCUGGAGUUUCUGGCCUCAUUUAUUUUUAAACCUAUGAUUUAUUCCUGUUCUGCUAGCACUGCAGAGCCAAGUCUCAGUGUUGUGCCAACCAUCUGUGUCUAAACACCCGGAAGAUUGGUACCCUUUCAAAAGGGGUUUAUUAUUUAUAAAGCGCCAACAAAUUCCAUAGCGCUGUACAAUGGGUGGACUAACACGUAUUUGUAACUAGAUGAGUUGGAUGCACAGGAACAGAGGGAUUGAGGGCCCUGCUCAAUGAGCUUACAUGUCAGAGGGAGUGGGGUAUCGGGACACAAAAGGUAAGGGUUGUUAUGAUAGUAUUUAUUUAGGGCUUAGUGUUUUGUUUUGAUGACCAUUUCAGGAGAGGGAUGGGGUGCGGGGAGGGAAAGCUGUUGACAGUUUAAUUGAAAUACUUUCCUAAAGAAGUGUGUUUUUUCAAAGACUUUUUGAAGGAGUGUAGACUGAGGGAAAGUCUAACAGAGAGGGGAAGGGCGUUCCAUAGGAAUGGUGCAGCUCUACAGAAGUCUUUAAGUUGAGCAUCAGAGGUAAGAGUAGGAACAGAGGUUGGACGUAGGUCUCCAGCAUAGCGUAGGGGCCUAGAUGGGACAUAUUUGUGUAUAGUGAGGAUAAGUAGGUCGGAGCAGCAUUGUGUAGAGAUUUGUAAGCAAGUGUCAGGAUCUUAAAUUGAGCCCUAUAUCUUAUGGGAAGCCAAUGGAGGGACUGACAGAGGGGGGAAGGUGCGGCGGACAGGAAGCUGAGCCUUGUCGCUGCAUUCAUUAUAGACUUAAUGCAUGUAAUGGUGCAGUUGGUGUUGCAUUAGGUGCACUAAAAAUAAAAUUAAAUAUUGGGUCCCCAAGUGCUAUUUCAAGCAGUGUGUACACCUCAACUUUUGGUAGCCAUUUGUUUUAUACAGGUGAAUGAUUUUGGCUGACUGUUUUGCCAUUCAUGAAUCCUAAUUAAAAUGAUUUUUUAUAAAUAUUAUUUGUAGUUCACAUGUUUUGCUGAAAAUGUAAGGGAAUUACACAUUCUAGGUCAAAAUGACUUGAUUCUUUAUCACUAGAACAGCUGUUCUUUGCUCAACCUUGGUGUUUGACAUACUCUUCAGCAGUGUAUGCAGACUACUUAUUUUAUCAUACAGAUCUCAAUCUAUGUUUUGUUUGUUUAUAACAUUUUUGUGUCUGUUCUAUUAUUGUAAUGGAAGAAAAAAUAAAAUAAGCUAUGUCGUUGCAAAUAGGCCAGUGUAUUCAAAGAAAACUUAUGCAUGCCAGUAUAAUCGUGAUGGUGCCUAUUCAUUAAGCCGGCAAUUGCUGGGAUUUGAUAAUAGUGUGUGAGGCAGAAAUGACAUGCAUUCUCCAGUUCACAGCUCACUUAGUCUGAAAUGUGUAAUGCCUUUGUCACUUCUCUAAUGAGAAGAAAUCUCAAUAUUGUGUUUUCUUUUUUUUUUCUUUCUCUAAACAAUUAAUUGUAGUGAGUUAAAACAGAAUUGCAAAAUUUAGAAUAAAAUAUCUAAGUUGUGCGAGGAAUUUUUCAAAUUGGGUAUUUGAAACCCUGUUGUCUCUGGUUUUCCAUUUUACCCUCUGCUGUAGUGCAACCUGUGUUUCUAUUUGUAGAGCAAUCAUAGGUUUCCAGGUAAAGAGCUGUAAAGUGACUGUUUUGUUUUGACCAAAACACAAUGUUUAGAAGAGUGAGUAAGCUCGGACUCAAUAUUUUUCCAGCAGUUCUAUGUUUGGAAAGGUCGCGUAUUUGCAGGAACCAUCCUGUUUAUAGAAAGGAAAAGGACAUUGAACCUUUGGCAGUGUGUGGAUUCCAGUUAUUGCAUAUUAUUGUAGCAUGGCUUAUUUAUUAAAGGGACACUCCAGUUAUUACAACCAUUUGCAGCUUAUUGCAGUGUUAUUUACAAUGCCUUAUUGCAUAUUAUUCACUAGCACCCCCCUCAUGUAAAUCUUUGGAGUAAAGCAAUAAUGUACCUGGGAUGCAGUGCUGAGCUUAAACAAGGGAGGGAGUGGGACAUAGGCGCUUCCUCUUGCAAGUGUGCUCUCAGUGCAGACCUUAUUUUUUUUGCACAGAAUUGACAUUGGAUAGUCAAGAACAGAGUUCGAGAAACUUGUGCCAUGAGUGUAACUCGCCCCCAGCACAAAACUGCAAAUCUAUCUGGAUUUGCAAUGUUUAAAGCUGAAACAAGGCACAUACAGAGUCCUAUCUCCGUGACCACUUCUAAAAGCAGAAGUGGUCAUUGUGGUUGAACUAACCCUUUAAGGAAGAAGAGCCCAUAGUGCCUGUCAGUCUGACUCUGGCAAGUUUUAGGCAAAAUAUGUACAUUUCCAGACAAAAGUAACAACAUCUAGGCAUCAAAACCACUUCUUUAAAGGCACACUGUAGGCACCCAGACCACUUCAGCUAAUUGAAGUAGUCUGGGUGCACUGUCCCUUUUGCACUUAGUGCUGCAAUGUAAAACAUUGCCGUUCCAGAGAAACUGUAAUAUUUACAUUGCAACUCUGUCUGCCCUUAGUAGCUGUUUACCAGACAGCCACUAGAGGACAUUCUGGACUGAAACUGACUUUUGGUCCAUUAUGUGAUGCUGGACAUCCUCACUGACCUCCAGCGUCAGAUUUUCCCCAUAGGAAAACUUUGAAUGUUUUCCUAUGAGGAGGUCUAAUGCGAGCGUGGCCAUUCGCAUGCGCAUUAGGUCUCCAUCGCCGGUUGACGUCGGUGGGGGAGGAGCGUGGGCUGUGCCUGACCCAGCGCCGAGGAACAUCGGCACUGGAUUCAGGUAAGUAGCUGAAGGGGUUUUAACUCCUUCAGCGACAAGGGAUGGGGGGCGGGAGGGAGGGGGCACUGCAGGAAUCCCUUUAAAGGAUCACUAUAGGCACCCAGACCACUUCAGCUUAACGAAGUGGUCUGGGUGCCUGGUCCAGCUAGGGUUAACACUUUUUUAUUUUUUAUUUUUUACUGCUAUGUUUAUAAAUAGGUUAAUCCAACCUCUAAAGCCUCUAGUGGCUGUCUCAUUGACAACCGCUAGAGGCGCUUGCUUGCUUCUCACUGUGAAAAUCAGUGACAAGACGCAAGCGUCCAUAGGAAAGCAUUAUGAAUGCUUUCCUAUGAGACUGGCUGAAUGCGCGCGCAGCUCCUGCCGCGCAUGCGCAUUCAGCCGAAGAGGAGGAGAGCUCCCCACCCGGCGCUGGAGAAAGAGGUAAGUUUAACCCCUCAGGGCACUAUAGUGCCAGGAAAACAAGUGUUUUCUUGGCACUAUAGUGGUCCUUUAAGACACAGUAAUGGGUUAAAUUAAAGAAACAUUAUAGUCCCCAAAGCAACUUUAGCUUAAUGAAGCAGUUUGAGUGUAUAGAUGCCUCUGAAGUCUUAUUGAUCAAUUAUUUGCCAUUUAGGAGUUAAAUCACUUUUGUUUCUGUUUAUGCUGCCCAGCCACACCUCCCUUGCUGUGACUGACAGCCUGCAUGAAAACAAAAAUAGUUUAAUUUUUAAUCCGAUCUUAACUUACUUUAAAAGUGCUUAUCUCCUACUCUGUAAAUUGAAAUGUAAUUACAUACAUGAGGCUCCUGCAGGUUCUAGCAAGCUAUUAACAGUGCAAGAGGUUAGACAUUCUAAAUUAAACAGAAUUUGCAAUAAAUGAAUUAUAGACAUUAGAUGACUCUUUACAGGAAGUGUUUAGGAAGGCUGUGCAAGUCAUACGUAUGGUGGUGGGACUAGGGCUGUAUAAACAAAGUGAUUUAACACCUAAAUGGCAGAGAAUUAACAGUGAGACUGCAGAGGCAUGAUCUAUAUACCAAAUCUGCUUCAUAAAAUUACAAUAUUUGUAAAUGGUUCUCUAACUAUAAAGUCAAAGUUCAGCAACUUACGUAAACAUGCAUUGAACGUAUACUGCCUGAUAUCUAACCCUCCCAUUAACGUCUUGUUAUAUUGUGAACUAGUUUGGGCAGAACCAUAUUCACCUACUGUUCCUGUAUGUCGGAAAUGCUUGUCUUGGUUUUUAUUGUACAGCGCUGCAGAAUAUAUUGGUGCUAUAUAACUAAUUAUAUCAUGAUCUUGUUGUGGCCGGCGUGGGGGCGGAUGGGCCCGCCUGUUUUAACCUCUUCAGCAACAUGGGAUGGGAGGGGGGGAGGGAGAGGGUCCUGCAGUGCCAGGAAAACUGAUAUGUUUUCCUGGCACUGGAGAGUCCAUUUAAGCUGUAGUGGUUCUGGUGACUAUAGUGUCCCUUCAAGAAUUACUGAAUUUUUGCCGUUUGAAAAUUAAGUUUUGUUUUAAAAAAAACCCAAAAAAAACCUGGCUCCUAGAUUCCAACCAAGUUUGUCAAGCCCUUGGUUAUUGGUAAACACAGAACUGAAAAUCAGAAGUGAAAAUGCAUUCUAAAUAAUACAAGCAUUUGUUCUGGAUGUGAAAAACUGACCCAACUAACCAGCAAAUGAUGGAAACACCAUUGCACUUUCCUAAAAAAGUGAUAUUGAAAAACAAAGGCUACAGAGCAGUAAAUGUUUAAGGGAAGCUAUAGUCCUGAAAAGAACCAAUAUUUUCCCCCCAGCCUAUAAUUUCCCCUUGGUAACUCCGUUUUAUUUUUUCAUGCUGGCUCUGUCAAUCAUAGCUAGGGGAGGUGUGGCUAGGGCUGCAUAAACAGAAACAAAGUGAUUUAACUCCUAAAUGACAGUGAAUUGAGCAGUGAAAUUGCAGGGGAAUGAUCUAUACACUAAAACUGCUUUGUUUAGCUAGAGUAAUUUAGGUGACUAUAGUGUAUCUUUAAUAAAAUUACGAUAUUGAGUGUUUAUUCUAAUAAUAUUUCAGUAUUAUCGUUGACUUUCUAAUGUUUGUGCCGUGUGUAGUAGGAACAGUCAUACAAUUAGGCUUUAGUUUUUCAGCCUCAAUUUAUAAUGCUAAUGAGUUUUGUGACUUUAAGGGGAACACUGUUUUUUAAAACAUUACAUUUUUUUGGGAGAGUAUUAGCCCUAUAACUACUUUGUUUUGCUGAAGUGUUUAUAGUGCAAAUACUUGAUCUGUAGAGCAUUUCAGCAUGAGAUACAGCCAGAUCUGAGAUAUUAAGAGAGAUCCUGUUAAUAAGUGAACCCAGAACGAGUCUGUGCUCUCUCCCAGUCUGUAGGCUUCAACUCUGCUCUCUGUAAAGAUAGAUGCUUGUGCUAUGGCUAUUAUAAGUUUAUCCUAUGUAAUGGACAGCUCCGGGGGGUAAACUAUAAACACUUGCCAUUCAGAGGCUUAUGGGAUAACAGCUUCUUUUUGGGAUGGGAGGGCUCUACUUGGAGUUCAAGGCAGACCCACUAAAUAGGACACCAGAGGAAGCUGUCAAGGUGAGUAACAUUUUCUGGAUAAUCUGGAAUUAUCUAGCAAACUGUAUUUUUUUUUUUUUUUUUUAAGGAGAGGAAAAACCAGUAGCAACAGAAAUGAGAACAGACAAUCGCUCAAUUAGCCUGCCCUUCGGUGGGUUUUAGCUUAUCUAGUGCCAUUACAGAAAGAACAUUAUCUGAAGCAUAUCAGACUGGUCCCACCCAUACGGGCAGUCCAGAUCCGAAAUGCCAGCAAGUUCCCUCUGCACAAGAGCUACAGCAACCCCAGACGAUCGUUUUAAGCUUCAAGACUCUAAGGUGUUUUUUUGUUUGUUAUUAUUUUUUUUUUCUUCUAAACACCUUAGACACACCCAGGUAAUCCCUAAAUCUUGGACUGUGUUGAGAACCCCUGUUCUAAGGUAUCAUUAGUGAGGUAUAGCCAAUAUCCCUCUAGGCACCAUGAGCAAGGUGCCUAGAGGGAUAUAUAAAAAAAAUGUUUUUUGUUAUUUGUUCACGUAGAUCCUUAUGUUCAAUCACAUGUGGUGGAAACACUGAUUUCCUAAGAUUUUUCACAUAAGUGUGCUAUUCACCAUUUGCCGUGUUUUGUUUUGUCUAUGGUUUUACGAUAUGUUUUGACAUAAAAACACAUCAUAAAGUACCAUGAAUAUAGAAUUACAAAGUACAAAGUUUUUAUAUGACAAAGGGGACAAAUAAAAAUCAAGAAAAGUGACAUUUCAGUUAUCCUGUGUACAACCCACUAUAGAUUUUUGACCAUGAUCAAAGGGACACUCUAAGCACCGAAACAACUUUAGCUUAAUGAAGCAGUUUUGGUGUAUAGAUCAUGCCCCUGCCGUCUCACUGCUCAAUUCUCUAUCACUCAAUGAAGUCUAAGAUAUUGUAUUGUAGUGAAGUCUGUAGUCUAAGAUAUUGGCGUGUAGUAGAUACAGGAAUGUUAUGAUUGCAGGGUUAGCACACCUCUAAGUGGAUGCCCUCACCUGUGAGAACUGAUUCAGACUCUGUUCUACAUCAAAUGUUACUUCUAGAGAGCAUUUUCUGCAGUGCAUUUUGCUGUGCAUGUGCACUAGCCUCCCACACUUCUUUAUGGGGAAGUAUUGAAUUGGCUAAGAUCAUAAAGAUUGAUAUCAUCAUUCAAGGAAGCUGAGCGACAGGAAAUAGACUGGCACAUGGGGAUGGAGUUAAGGUAAGUACAUCUCUUUACUCACUUCAAUUAGGGGGGGACACAGGAUGCAAUGCUCUACCUAGGCACCAGGAUACUAUAACGUUAGGAAUACAUAUUUGCAUUCCUUUUAGCUCAAGUUAUUUUGGUAUACCUUUAACAGUCUAGUGCUGCCAUUUCAGCUCUCUAGGCAGCUGCACCUGGUUUGUAAUUGCUUGUCAUGUACACCUCUUUCAGGAAUGUACUGUAAUAAAAUGGAUCAGGGCAGGUUUUGAAGGAGGAGGGAAACAUUAAUCAAAUAAUAAAGCUAUUAUGGACCGUGCAAAGUGAGGGGAAAUGGUGUCAAGGUGAGUAACUUUUUAAUAUCCCCCCCCCUUUCUUUUUGUUUGCACUAUUAUAAUGCAUUUAAAAAAAAAACCAAAGGGGUAAUUUUUAAGUCCAAAUUACAUUUUUAUUUGUUAAUUUUUAUUGCUGACCAAAAAAGGGCAGAGCUUAUAGGAACGAUUGCCAAGGAACCAACAUGAAGGCACUCACACACAGCUUUUGUUAAUAUUUUGGUAAAGGAAUCUCUAUUAAUAACCAUUGGAAGUGAUGAUUAAAGAAGAGAAAACAAUAUAUAUCUAGAUCUCUUAUAUAUAAUUCAAAAUGUAUUUAAUUGUUUUUGUUUGGUUUGUUUGCUGUGACUCUUUUCUUUAAAAUAUGUUUAAAAUGACAAUGUAAUAGAGCAGCAGGAAAUGCUAGCAGAAUGCUUGGUUAUAUAGGGAGAGGUAUUAGCAGUAGAAAGAGGGAAGUGCUCAUGCCAUUGUACAGAACACUGGUGAGACCUCACUUGGAGUAUUGUACACAGUACUGGAGACCGUAUCUUCAGAAGGAUAUUGAUACCUUAGAGAGGGUUCAGAGAAGGGCUACUAAACUGGUUCAUGGAUUGCGGGAUAAAACUUACCAGGAAAGGUUAAAGGAUCUUAACAUGUAUAGCUUGGAGGAAAGACGAGACAGGGGGGAUAUGAUAGAAACAUUUAAAUAUAUAAAGGGAAUCAACACAGUAAAGGAGGAGACUAUAUUUAAAAGAAGAAAAACUACCACAACAAGAGGACAUAGUCUUAAAUUAGAGGGACAAAGGUUUAAAAAUAAUAUCAGGAAGUAUUACUUUACUGAGAGGGUAGUGGAUGCAUGGAAUAGCCUUCCAGCUGAAGUGGUAGAGGUUAACACAGUAAAGGAGUUUAAGCAUGCGUGGGAUAGGCAUAAGGCUAUCCUAACUAUAAGAUAAGGCCAGGGACUAAUGAAAGUAUUUAGAAAAUUGGGCAGACUAGAUGGGCCGAAUGGUUCUUAUCUGCCGUCACAUUCUAUGUUUCUAUGUUUAAUAUUUGGUAGGCUGUUUUGUGUCCCUUUUGUUAAGAUAUUUCCUCUUAAUGCUUGUCUCAUUACUAAUCUCUUAUUUUUUGGAAAUUCAUUACAGAUAAAACCCUUAAAGUGCUAAAUAAACACACACACACCAAGUGGACUUUAUUGGCAGAAGUCUUCACAUUAUAAUCUGGUAUUAUAUAGACUCCAUAGAGCUGCAUAUUCUAGCGAUUUAUUGCUUCUUCUUUAAACUAAAAUUCUGCAUGUACAUAUUUCAUAAACACUUGGCCAUCACUAGUUGUGUGUGUGUGUGUGUGAUGUUUAUUAUGGGAGCUAUUCUAGUCGGAUCCCUUCUGGGAACACAGAUUAAAAGGCGGAACGAUUAAACUGUGUAAACUAAUAUAUAAAGCAUUGUAUCAAUAUUUAUUGUAGUUGCACCUGAUGGGGAGGAACGUAACGCACUGGACAAAAACCAUCCACAGUCUUUCUUUUCUUUCAUGUUUCAUAUGUGUGAUUGGAACACAAAUAUAAACACAUACUCUAAAGGUGAUCCCAGUGCACUUAUAUUUGUGAUUUAUAAUGAAGUAGGAAUUUAAAGGGAAACGAUAGGGUCAGGAACACAAACAUGUAUUCCUGACCAUAUAGUGUUAAAACCACCAUUUAGGUGGCUUCCUCCACUCCCUCUUAUCCCCUUGCAUACCUUAUUUCCAGUGCAGUGUGGAUUUGCCAGCACUGACCCUGCACCCAAUCUGCCUCCUUGCUGACCUCACCAGAAUUUGAUUUCAGACAAUCCAAUGCUUUCCCAUAUUGAAAAGCAUUAAAUUGGCUGAAAUUUGCAACGAGGUGUGGCGGGGUUGGGGGUUAGCCGAUCAGCACCUCCUCAUAGAGAUGGAUUGAAUCAAUGCAUCUCUGAGAAAAAUUUAGCGUUUCCAUACAGAGCGUGGAGUCACCGAAGAGCAAUGUAAACACUGUAUUUUCUCUGAAAAGACAGUGUUUACAUGAAAAUGCCUGCAGGGAAUGAUUAUAGUCACCAAAACAAAUACUAUAAGCUGUAGUUGUUUUGGUGACUAUAGUGUCCCUUUAGGAACACUAUAGUGAUAGGCAUACAAAAUGAGGAAAUGCUACGCCAAUCAGCAUCUCCUUAUAGAGUGACACUGAGUCAAUGCAUACUUAUGUUAACAUAUAGAUGUUAAUUACAUCAAAUGCAUUCUUUGGAGACUUUCUGGUGUAAAAGGUGUCUCAAUUUCAUUAAGGAAUCUAUUGAGAAUAUACAUUUGUGCCCGACUGCUAUAUAUAUCAGACUUAACCACUGGGAUUAUAUAAAAUAGGAUAUAAUCAUUGUUACAAACAGUCAUGCAAUACAAUAACUACAUAUGUCAAAUUGUGUAAACAAAAGCACAGAACUUUAAUGCAUUCAUGAAGGGAUGUGUAAUCCUCCUCCCAAAACUGAAAAUAGAUGUCAUAGCCUUACUCUACUUAUUGUUCACAGAGAGUGGAGAUGCUGAAGAUAGGUGCUGCACAUUGUGCAGUGCUAGACUAGGAAGCACUUAUAGAGGCUGUCUGAGUGACUGUCACUAGAGGUGUCCCUAGGCUGUAAUGUAAACACUGCCUUUUCUCUGAAAAUGCAGUGUUUAUAUGAAAAGGCCUGCGGGGACUGACUAUACUCACAGAACAAUUAUAUUGAGCUGCGCUGGUUCUGUUGACUAUAGUGUCUCUUUAAGACUUGUAUUUUUGCCAUUGAAAAACCUGGCUCCUUACUUUUUUAGCUCACUCCUAGAUUCCAUGAAAAUUGGUCAAGCAAGCUCUGUUUAAAUUUUCUGGAAUAAAAAUGUUUCUCAAUGGGCAGUUGGAGAUACUUUAAUGCCAUUUUGAUCCUCGCUGUUCCGUCUGACUUUCAUUGCUUUCAAUAAACAAACCUACAAACAAACCAACCUGAGGCGGGAUAGGUCACAUAGGGCCAUGGCUUAUAAACUUCUGUUUCCCGUUUAUUUUAGGUCUCUAGUGUAAAAUCAGUAUUGGAAGGUUUUCACCAAAUGUUCUUUCUGAUCUGUAACAGUAAGCUCACCCUAAAUAAACAAAAUAAACAAAAACACUGGAAGCGCCAAUGACUGUACAACAGUAAUCGAAAAAAAAAAAUGACUAAUUGAUUUUUCAUGUGUAUGAGAUAUUUUACUGCAGAAUAAGCUUUCAGUUGUAAGAUAUACAUUUAUCAGUGAUUUUACUAUUAUUCUGACAUUCAUGCAGUGUAACUUAAAGGGACUCUUUUGGUAUCAUAACCACUACAACAUUUUGCUGUGGUUUUGGUGACUAGAGUCCUCUUUCACCACCCCACAAUUAUGUAUCAUCAGUUGGCUAAAAGUUGGUAUUGGAUGUAACUUUUAGAUUAUGAAUUCUGUUAAACUUGGACACAUUUCAUACGUGAAUUCAAAUGUGGCUGCUCGAUGUCCUUUCUUUCUGUGGCUGCCGAUUUACGUGUCGUGCUUUCCCGGAAAUGAAUAUUUUUAAUAUAAAAGUUAUGACUGUAAUCUCUUUUGGAAUCAAUGGUAUGCUCUAGUUGCUAUCUGUGUCCAGGUUCCAAAGCCAGCUACCUACGAUGAUAGAUCUGUUCUCCCGUGGCAAAGUGCUCUGUGGGCCUUCAGAAAAAGUUUGAAGAAUGCAUGUUUGAGGAGCUUGAUGUGUUUUGCAAGUUGCCAAAUAAGGCAUAGUGGAGCAUGCUCUAAAUGUACUUUCUGUUUAUCUGACCAGCUAGUUAAACAGAGGGGUGCAGAGGAAAAGCAAUUCAAGUACACAUCAGGCUGCAUGUAUGCGUCUUCUGUGCGAAUGUAUGUGUCUCGUGAGUGGGGUUAAUUAGGUUUAAUUGAAAGCAAGUGGCUUAAUUUAACGUCUGAAUUAUCCAUGCAAAUUCAUCCAAACGUGGUUGACAGUAGUAGGCUGGUAUUGCUGCACUUGUGCAAAUAAUGCACAAGUGGAACCUCUGUUCCAGAGCUACAACAAUUUCCCUUAGUGGUUGCGGAGUUCAGUGUCCCUUUAGGGUGAGUGUGUGUGAGUUUCUAAAAGCAUGUGCCUGCCUCCUAAUGUUUUAAGUUUAGAGGGGAAAAAAGUGGGUAAUUCCUUUUAAAACAUUGAAUUGUGCUUCUGUCCAUACAAGCUGGGAAUAUUUGUUUAACCGUGUCAUGAAUAUGUGCUUUGUAAGGAGUGAUUUAAAUAGCUGCUACCGGAGGAGGAGGAGAGAAUAGAUUGUAAGGGAUUUCCAGGAACUUAAGCAUUUGACGGGAACCACUAUGUUAUUCAAUUUACAGGAAACAAAAUUCAAAAAUGAGUUGUAAUGAUCUAUGAAGCUUUGUAAGAGAAAUAAGCUGCCCUGUUUGCCAUUUAAUCAUUUUCUGAAAUAAGGCUGAUUACUAAUCUAUUUUUAAAACUACUGUAAUGGCUUUAUGUGGUUGCUUAUAGUAAUCACCCGGCCUAAUUUCAGCAAUAAUUUAGCUUUUUUGAACUUUCUUUUUUUUUUUUUUUUUUUCUUCUUUCCCUACAUCUUUGACUUCCUUCCGCAAUUAAAGUUGUUCUUUGCUGAUCUACUGAGCGCAUAAAUUGGGGUGAACUAAAAAGUAUCAGUCGGUUUGCUAUCAGAUGAAGCAGUUUGUGUAUUUACAUAGGGCUCAUUUUCCACUAGCCAUUGGCUAUUGAAAUUUCAGCCCAGGCAAGUAGAAAUUCACAUUAGAGUGUGUGUAAAAGACCCCAGGCUAGCACCGGCAGGUCAUUUUUGGACCUGACAAAUUUUUGAGAAAUGAUGUGUCAGCAUGACUCCAGCGAUGGGAGGGUAUAGAUUUGACAGCCACCAGUCACUAUGGCACACAACAACAUAGGGGACAGUUUAUGGAACUCUACAUGAAAUACUGUACGUUAGGCUGUUUGACCUGGCACGUGUAUUAACCCCUUAACGACGCUUGACGUAAAUUUUCCGUCAAGGCAGACCUACCCUUAAGAACGCUUGACUGAAAAUUUCCGUCAAUUACUAAAGUUAACGCCAGAUCGCCGUAAUCGCGGGGUUAACGCUGUUGCUGGGUGCCUCGGCAUUUGAGGAAGCCCAGCAACAGCCAAUAGUGCUGUCCCAGCACAUGUGAUCGCUGUGACAGCCAGUCACAGCGAUCACAGUGCAGCUGGGACUUCUGACCCUCCUCCCUCCACCUCUGUGUGUGAUUAAAAGUGGAGAGAGACGGAUCUUUUGAAACUUUGUGUCCCUGACAGACACAGUGUUUCAAAGUUUAAAAAAACAAACACAAAACCUUACUACUAUUCCUUUUAAAAUUAACAAGGGUUUAACCCUUUGAUCACUGAUGGCAAUGAUCACAAUACUGAUCACAGUACUUUACUGUGAUCAGAGUUUUUGUUUUUUUAAUCCUCGGGUUACUUUUUUUAUUUAUUUUUUUUACUAUUUUCAGUUAAUUAGUUAGCUGGGGUGGAUUGAAGCUAGGGGGAAUUGGUGAAUUUAGCAUUAGUGUAGCUAGGAAGCUGAAAAGUUUUAGAAAGUUAUUAAAAGUUUUAUAAAAGUAUAAAAAAAAAGGUAAAAAGAGAAAAAAAGUAGUUUAUUUUAAGGCAAAGCAUUUCUGCUUUGCUAGGUGUAAGCACUGUGUUUAGAGGUGAUCUGAUUUCUGUUUUUACCCACAGGUUCAUUUUUUUAAAAAGUUUUAGAAAGUUAAUAGUUUUAAAAAAGUAAAAAAAAAAAAGUAUAAAAAAAGGUAAAAAAAGUUAUUUAGUUAAAGUUAAUUUUAAGCUUUCACUAUGCUUAGAAGGUUUAGUGCCGAGGAGGCAUAUAAUAUAUUAGCAGCCGACUCAGAUGCAACCAACAUUGCCUCAGAGAGUAUAGAGGGUGACUAUGUGCCAGACACAGAUGAAGAAAGUGACGAUACCCCUGGCACUGCUCCUGGCGCUGAUAACUGGGUUCCCCCUAACAAUUUUGUCCCUGGUGACUCCUGGUAUUCAGGGAGACGUGACCAGCUAUAACUCCCAGGAUUUUAUGGAGCUGUUCCUUGGGGAUGAUUUUUUUAGGGCAGAUAGUUACACAGACAAAUAUUUAUGCAGUGCAGUAUCUGGCACAAAAUGCAGCAAGUCACCUUGCCACAAAAGGGAGCUGGUACCCCACCAGUGUGCCAGAGUUAAAACAGUUCUGGGCACUAACCAUGCUAAUGGGAAUUAUAAAAAAGCCCAGCAUCCAAAUGUACUGGUCCAAAAACCCAGUAUGCAAUACUCCCAUUUUCUCUCAGACCAUGACUAGGCCCAGAAACGAAUCAGUACUGCGUUUUCUGCAUUUUUUUUUUUUUCAAUUUGACAAUUUUUAUUUUGUCAUACAUCAAAAAGCAGUGUGUGGGGGGGGUACAGAAUAAAAAAGGGGAGGGAUAUAGGCAACGUUGUUUACACGUACACGUUCUGCCAUGGGUAAGUACAAUGUACAUAUAUCACAUCACAUAGUUCACAUCACCCUUCCCGCUUUCCACAUUUCCAAUGCUAGCUUAUACACUUCAACCAUUACACAUUAAACGUUAGACGUUCAUUUUUUCCCCAAUCCGUGUUUGCUACCUCUCUCGGAGUCACAAGUGUAGGCUGGAGUGCUGGGCAUAGUAUCACUACGUGUGUGGUUGAUCCCGCGUCUGGUGGGUAACUUAGUUUUAAUUUUGCGGUGCGUGUGUUGUGUUGCACGCCCGUAUCCCAUGUGUUUUGUACCGAUCCCUUAUCCUUGUGUACUGGCCUCCUGCAGGGAGUCUGGGUUCUUCUCCCCUCGGGAGCUAGCGUUAUGUGGUUGUCUGGUGGCCGCAUCUGGGCUGAGCGUACCUGAGCUGUCAGCGGGUUGCUCGCUGGAGCGGCUGCCUAGUUACCCAUCAAGUAGUAACACGAUAGUUGUGGGGGGGGUGGGGGGGGUUUGGUAGGGUGUGCAGAGAAGGGAUGGGAAAGAAUUAAGGGAAGAGAGGGGAAGGGGGUUAGUUUAUAGACCUCUUGAGAGUGGUGCACCUCCUUGCCCUCCCUUGGGGCCCAUGCUACUUAGUUGUUGGUUCUACCUGACUGCCUCCAAUGCAUCAUUGGUUCUACGUGUCAGGACCUCCUCCCAAAUUAAAUCUCAGACGUUCCUCGUCACUCUGGCUUUGGUACUCUAUUCCAACACUCUUGUCUUGGCGUACCUAUGCGUCCUGAGUUCUGGAGUUGUGCGAACUUCUCUGAACGUAUUUUUCGUAUCUAUGAGCAUGUGGUUAUUUGUAAUGUAUUUAUUUGCCAUAGCCUCGUAUUCCCAGUUUGUAGAUGUUUGUGUUAGGAGAUCGUGUUUGCUGGGUGCUUGUGGUUGUUUCCACUGUCUGGCUAUCAGGGUUACUGCCGCCAUGAGCACUUGGAAUAUCAGUUGUCUUUCCUGCUUGUGCCAUUGGGCCAGAUGCAUGAAUAGUAUGCCCUGUUCAGGCCCCAGGCUGUAUGGGCGGCCUAUCACAUCAGUGAUUACCCCUUCCACCAUCGCCCAGUAGGGAGUGAUUAUCGGGCAAGUCCACCAAAUGUGGUACAUUGUCCCCCUUUCUCCGCACCUCCUCCAGCAUUCACCUGAGCUUCCAGGGUAUAGUUUCGCUAGUUUAUCCGGGACCAUAUACCAUCUUUCCUCAUUGUUUCUAGAUGAGUCGCGCAAGAUGUGUGCCCUUUGUGCGUUUGGAAUGCCUGUUUCCAGUCUAGGUCUGCUAUUGGGUGUCCUAUGUCUUCCUGCCAGGCUUCUCUAAAGUCUCUGUGUCUGUUCGUAUCUGCUGUAUUCAGUAGUGCAUAUAGUUUCGACAGGAUUUUUUUGGGUAUACUGCCCUGUAGGCAUAUCUGUUCUAAGGCGCCAAUGUUUGGUGGCACUGCACAUGAUCCCUUGCAAUGUGAGGCCACAAAUGAUUUCAGUUGGAGGUAAGGGAAUAUGUGUCUGGAGUGCAGGGAGAAUUUGGUUUGCAGUUCUGGGAACGGCAGUAACCCGUUGUUCCCGCAUAACUGGCUAAGGUGGGUACAUCCCCCUCUCACCCAGGGGGUGUGGUCAAACGACGGUAUGCCCACUAAGAUGCUCAUGAGUGGGAUAUUCUCUAUAUUUGGUCCGACCAUGCCCAGUGUCGCCCUCACAGAGUCCCAUGUUUUAAUCAUUGCUGCCGUGGUUGGUAGCAUGGUUGUGUAUGUCGGUCGUAGUUUAUAUGGCAGCUGGUAUAGGUGUCGCAGCCCCUGUUUGCAUGCCCAGUGUGCUUCUAUGUGGACCCAUUGGGGGGGGGGUCUUCUACUGCGUUUGUCGCUGCUAUGGCAGUCAGCAAUGUGGCUGUGUGAUAAGAACGGAUGUUGGGCAUGCCCAGUCCCCCUUCCUUGAUCGGUUUUUGUAAGAGCUUGCUGGCCACCCUCACUUUGCGGUUGGUCCAUACAAACCGCACGAUCAGCUUUUGGAUUGUGCUCAUGUAUGGGCCCGGCAGACUUAUCGGGACCGUGCGCAGCAGGUACUGGAGUUUGGGAAGUAUAGACAUCUUAAUCGCCGCCAGUCUGCCCAGCCACGAGAGAUAUUUACCCUCCCAUGUGUGUAGCGUGUCUGUAAAUGAUUUGAUCAGUUUAGUGAAGUUUAGCUUAAACAAAUGGGGUAGGUGGGGGGGUAUAUGGACGCCCAAGAAGGUAAUAUAAUCCUUCCUCCAGUCGAAUGAGAAAAGCUCACUCAAGUGUUUCAGUCGGUGAGACUGGACUCCCACACCCAUAGCCUGUGAUUUAGCGACAUUUAAUUUGUAGUAGGAGUUAAAGCCGUAUUCUUUAAUGACUUCCAUGAGGUUUGGUAGUGAAAUUUGGGGUUGCGUUAGUGUCAGCAUGACAUCGUCCGCAAACAAGUUGAUUUUGUAUUCCCUGUCGCCCACUGUUACUCCGUGUAUGGAGCUGUUGGCCCGUAUUGUCUCUGCUAGCGGCUCUAAAGCCAACACAUAUAGUAAGGGGGAGAGUGGGCAUCCCUGCCUCGUACCGUUAGUGAUGCUAAAUGGUUCUGAAGUGAAACCCGCCGUGACCACCUGUGCCGAUGGUUUGCUGUAUAAGGCCUCCACCGCCGAGCAGAAUGCCCCCGGCAUCCCAAACUUAUCCAGGACCGCUGACAGGAACCUCCAGCUCAGGCGGUCAAAGGCCUUCUCCGCGUCUAGUGAGAGCGUUACACAUUCUGUAUGUUGCCUGUGAACGCUAUGUAUAAUGUCGAUGACCUUUCUCGUGUUGUCCCCCCCCCCCUUUUCUCCCUUUAACGAAUCCUACUUGAUCGUUCCGUAUCAGGUGUGGGAGGAUCGUGCCCAGUCUGAUGGCGUAUAUUUUCGCGAAAAGUUUCGUGUCUGUGUUCAGUAGUGAUAUCGGUCGAAAAUUUUGUGGGUGGAUUGGUGGCUUGCCCGGUUUAGGCAGUGUAAUGAUGUGAGCUUUGAGGGCUUCUGGCGGGAGUGCGUGUUUCGUGGCUGCUUCAUUAAAAGCAUUAGUAAUGUGAGGGGCUAGGGUUCUUUGGAAGUACUUGUAGUAACAGUUGGCGAACCCGUCUGGACCUGGGGCUUUAUCAGAAGGUAGAGAGUCAAUCGCUCUCAACACCUCCGUUUCUGUUAUCAAUGCGGACAAGCUAUCUUGCUGAGCGGGUGUAAGUUUGGGCAGGGCGAUCUUGUCUAAGUAGGAGGCUAUUUUGGCCCCUUGUGGUUGGGGUGUAUUUGGGUCGUCCCUGAGAUUGUACAGUGCUUCGUAGUAUUUGGCGAAUGCGUUGCUAAUGUCUUUGGGUGCCACUAUUUUCUGUCCGCUUGGAGACAGCAAGUACGCUAUUUUUUGGGCUGCUUGUUGUGACUUUAAUCGUUGUGCUAACAGUUUACCUGCCUUGUUUCCCUGUGUGUAGUUUUGUGCUUUUAGCCUUUUCAGGUGGUAUCCCACUUGUUCCAAGGACAUUUGGUGCAUCUGUCUUGUGAGUUUCCUGAUUUGUUCCCACAGUUCGUGUGAGGGAGUUAUUUGGUUUUGUGUCGUGACACGCUGGAGGUCUGUUUGGCAUGUGUGGAGCUGAAGGCGGGAUUUCCGUUUUAAGUACGCUGCCCGCUGUAUCAGUUGUCCCUGUAUCACCGAUUUGUGGGCCUGCCACAGGGUACCCCGGCUCGUUUCAGGCCGAUCAUUGUCUUGGAAAUAUUGGGCUAAGUUUUGGUUCAGCUCCGUGCAGAAGGCACUAUCUUUCAAUAAUGUUGUGUUUAUGCGCCACGGGCUUCUAUGGGUCGGGUCAUAGAGGUUUUUCAGCGUUAGCUCUACCGGGGCAUGGUCGGACCAUGUAAUUUGUCCUAUCUCGCACUGGGCCGUUUGGUCUAUCCCCGUCCCUGAGAUAAGGAAGCCAUCAAUGCGGGAGUAGGUGUUGUGCACUGUCGAAAAGAAUGUAUACCCUCUUUCCCCUACAUGAUUGGCUCUCCAUACAUCAUAUAGAUGGUUAUUGUGUAUAAGCUUGCAGAGUGCUUUACUUUGUUUGCGGAGGGGUGCGCUGCGCUUUCUAGCUGGAGCUAGUGUCGUAUCUAUGGAGGUGUCAAAUACAUGAUUGAAGUCGCCACAUAUGACUGUCGUCCCUAGCUGUACUGACUGCAGUUUCUGUAUAAUUUUAUGUAAAAAAUUUCGUUGGUUUGUGUUGGGGGCGUAUAUGUUCGCUAUGGUGUAAGGCAUGUCAUUGAGCGUGCCUACUAUAAUGACGUAUCUUCCGUCCGGGUCAAUGUGUUGGGAAUGCGGGGCAUAGGCCACGUUUUUGCUAAUUAGUAUGGAAGUGCCUUUGGUUUUGCUAGCCGAUGUGGCGUGGAUUUGUAUAGGAUAAUCUUUCUGUAGGACGGUGGGGUGUGCGUUGGUCAUGAAAUGUGUCUCUUGGAGGCAUAGAACGUCUACUGCUUUGUGUUUGAUCUCUCGGUAUAGAAGGUGUCUCUUAACCAGGAUGUUUAGUCCCCUAACGUUGUGUGAGUAGAUUUUCAGGGUGGGAGGUGGUCAUAGGAUGGUAUUUGUGCUUGUGUUCGACAUUUAUAUUUCGGGGAGUCCCUGUGUCCCAGUUCCUCCGAACUCAAGGGCUGUCCCCGGGUAGCAGGAGGGCUAUUUUGUGUUUUCUGCAUUUUAAUGAUAAUUCGAAGUGCUACCCCAAAGAUCAUCCGCAGUAUGACAGACUUUAUAAAAUCCGCCCCCUAAUUAACCAUUUUAAUAAAGAAUUUGGCAUAAUUUAUACUCCCCAAAAGAAUAUAUGUAUUGACGAGUCCCUAAUGAAAUACAAGGGUAGACUGGGGUUCAAGCAAUACAUCCCAGCCAAAAGAUCCCGGUAUGGCAUCAAGCUAAACAAGUUAUGUGAAAGUAGCAGUGGGUAUGUUUAUACCUUCAGAGUAUAUGAAGGUAAAGAUAGCCACUGGGAUCCCCCAGGUUGCCCUGAUGUAGUUGGGACUAGCAGAAAAAUAGUUUGGGACCUAAUGAACCCACUACUGAACAAGGGGUACCACCUCUACCUUGAUUAUUACAAUCGCAUACUGUUAAGACCUGCAGUGGUUAUGGUGCUGCGGUCUUCUGUUCCCUUUCCCAACAGCUGAGCAUGAGUGAUUAUAGCUGCAGCAGGGAGUAGAGGAAUAAGGUAGAUGAAAUGCAGUUCCAAGGUGAUUCUUCCCAGCAAGUAGAAUAUCCCCCAAACAUGAGCCUAGACUUCAUGAAGGGUGUAACAGGAAUGAAUUUUUUUGACACACACAGGCUUUUAUGAGAAAUCCUCCUGCAAGAGGACCUCCCACAGCAAACAACGACAACAGCCAAUCAGCGUACAGAUUUACAGUAAUACACGCCUCCUCUCUGCCUGGGUGAUAUUGAGAUAAGUUAAGGAAUAAACCAAUUAUCUCCAGGCAGAGAGCACACAAUUUCCCCAAAACUUAGAACACCCCUUUCCCCACAAGGUAUCCCCACAAAUUACAUAUCCCCUGAUAGCCUGAUUGGUUCAGGGGUUCUGAAAAAGUGUGGAGGGUCCCUUUUACCGAGCACACACGCGGCUCCUGCCCAAAACAGUUCCAUGAAUUCACCGUGUGCGGUUGGUCAAUUCACAAAUCUUUAAAAACCGAACAAAAGUCCCGAAUGGAUCCCCCUGGCUCAUAGCAACGAUUGCUCCCCUUGUACGUUCGCAUAGAACUACAGAACGGCGCUUCCCUGGCUGUUCAGGAAAUACAAGAAGCCGGCGUUCGGUAGUUUCAGCGGUGGUUCACGAGGUCGAGUGUCCAAUUUUAGUUCCAGACACUCGAUGAUCAAGUCCCGCUGACUCCGCUCGUGCAAACAAGAUGGCCGCCGUUUUCUAUUCCACGUGGUGUUCGGCUAUACGAACAGUGGCCGCCCAGGGAGCACUUAAUAGCUGGUUCCUUUGUAGUUAAUAAGCCAGGAGGGUGGUCGGCGUUCGGUAGUUUCAAACUAACGAACUAAUACAUUCACUAUACAAGUAGUAACACAGGAAAAAUACUGAAUAAAGAAGAAAAUGUCAAUUAAAAUUCCAUUUUCUAAACACAUACCCCUCCAAAAAAUGCUAUAUUGUUUUGAGACUGUGGUCUGCGGCACUAUCCGCAAGACACGCACUGGCUUCCCCAAGGCUCUGGCAGAGAAAAAAAUUAAAAAGGGAGAAACGGCUACUCUCUGCCAGGACGAACUGCUGGCUCUGAAAUACAGAGACAAAAAGGUGUUCAUACUGACUACCAUGCACACUGAGCACACACGCAGGGUCGCGGUCCGUGGCAGACAGGAAACAAGACGGCUGCCUGUCUGCAUUAAGCAAUACAAUAAACACAUGGGGGGAGUUGACCUGUCUGAUCAACUGCUGCAGCCAUAUCUGAUAAUGAAAAAGACCAAGGCCUGGUAUAAGAAAGUGGGCAUUUAUUUAAUGCAAAUGGCUACUCACAAUGCAUUCAUCCUUUUCAAAAAGGCAAAUCCUCAGCUGAAAUGUACUUUUCUUACUUUUCAGUUUCAGCUAAUUUCUGUGCUGCUCACUGCGUGCCUAGCAGCAGAGAUAUUCAGACAGGUCACUUCUGCUUUCGGAUACCACCAACCCCCCCCCCAAAAAACCCUGAGUAUGAAAUAAUUUAAAACAGUUCCCAAUACAAAGGCCAGGCUGAGAGGGACAAUCAGGGCAAUAGACACUGGUCUCCGUUCGAAUUCCUCUCUGGUAACACAGCCUACACCUUUACUGGGGUUUUUUGGGGGGGGGGGGUUGGUGGUAUCCGAAAGCAGAAGUGACCUGUCUGAAUAUCUCUGCUGCUAGGCAAGCAGUGAGCAGCACAGAAAUUAGCUGAAACUGAAAUGUAAGAAGACUACAUUUCAGCUGAGGAUUUGCCUUUUUGAAAAGGAUGAAUGCAUUGUGAGUAGCCAUUUGCAUUAAAUAAAUGCCCACUUUCUUAUACCAGGCCUUGGUCUUUUUCAUUAUCAGAUAUGGCUGCAGCAGUUGAUCAGACAGGUCAACUCCCCCCAUGUGUUUAUUGUAUUGCUUAAUGCAGACAGGCAGCCGUCUUGUUUCCUGUCUGCCACGGACUGCGACCCUGCGUGUGUGCUCAGUGUGCAUGGUAGUCAGUAUGAACACCUUUUUGUCUCUAUAAUAAUAUUUUUUUUACUUUUAUUUAGUUAGUUGGGGUGGAUGAUAGUUCCUGGGAAAUUGGGGAGUUUAGUGCGUAUGCUAGGGGUAAAAAUACAAAUAAAAAAAAUCCACAAAAAAAAAUAACAUUAUUAUAACAUUGUUUUGUUAAAGUUCUUAUGUAAAAAGUUCAAAAUGCUUAGGAAGUACAGUUAGAGUUCUGACAGCAGAUUCAGAGGUGACAGACAAUGCCUCAGUUUGACCCAAAAUGGGACAUGGACCAGCAUGAAAAUUCAAAGUUUGAAACAAACCUGAAAUGUCAGAGUCUCAAAUUUGCCCCUUCAACAUCCACGUAUACCUGGGAAAGGUACACACGGGGGUAUUGCUGUACUGAAACGACAUAGCUGAGUGACAUAUGAAGCGUUAUACUGCCGUAGCACACCUAAGGAUUGUAAACUAUGCAGUAAAAUCUCAAAGUGUGUGUCAAAAAGGCAGAGAAAAUGCUUACUACUACUAGACAUGGUACUCACUGGCGAAAAAAUGAUCCCACCCUAAGGUUCAAAAUGGGCCUUUUAAAAUACCCUGGGGUGUCUUCUUUAAAAAAAUGGUAGGCCUUUGUGGGGGAAGUUUGAAUAAGCAACCUAUUAGACCCCAAAAAGAGUCAGAAACCUAUAAAAUUCUGUAAAAACUGAAAUAGUCAGGUCUCCUUUAUGGCAGUGUGGCUUCAGGAAAUACGACCAAAGGCAUACAUUGGGGGUAUCGUUUUACUCACAGGAGAUAGCUCAGCAUAAUUUGGUUUGUUUGAUCAUAUUGGAACAUAUCAAAUAUACAAAAUGCCCAGCACAAAUGUAACACAUAAGUUAAAAAUGCGAAAAAUAUUUUCUUACCACAAACUUUGACAUAUAAUGGUGAAAAAAUGGCGACAUGUUAAGGCACAAUAUAUGCCAUAUGAGAUACCCUGGAGUGUCUACUUUCACAAAUGGUAGGCUUUUUUGCGGUUAUUGAAACAGUCAAACUGCUAUAAUGGCCCAAAUUGAAACAUAAGCCCUGCAAAUCCGUCUCUCAAAAUUCUAUUCUAAAAACUGAAAUGGUCAUGUCUCCUUUAUGGCACUGUAGCAUCACGAAAUAGUGUCAAAGACAUACAUUGGGGGUAUUGUUUUACUCAGAAGACUUAGCUGAGCAUAAUUAGGGGUGUUUGAUCAUAGUGGAACAUAUCAAAUAUACAAAAUGCCCAGCACAAAUGUAAUGCUUAAGUAACAAAUGUGAAAAAUAUUUUUUUAACACAAAUUGUGACGUAUAAUGGUGACCCAUUAAGGCAAAAUAUAUGCCGUAUGAGAUACCCUGGAGUGUCUACUUUCACAAAUGGAAGGCCUUUGUGUGGUCAUUUGAACAACCAAGCUACUAUAAUGCCCCAAAAUAAGACAUAGGUCCAUUAAAUCCAUCUUUGAAUUUUCUAACUGUAGAAACUGAAAUAGUCUGGCCUCUUAUAUGUCAUUGUAGCUUCCCAAAAUAGUGGCAAAGGCAAACAAUGGGGGUAUUGUUGUACCCAGGAGAUGUAGUUGAACACAAAAUGGGAUUUUGACCAGGAAUAGCACACAGCAGCUUUACAAAAUACACAUUUAAAAACCCUUGUUAUAUGUGUGUAUUUCAAAAAACUGAAAAAACACAAUUUUACUACAAUAUGUAGCAGAGAUUGGUGGGAAAAUGGCUAUGUUAAAAUUGUCAAAAUAACCUUAAAUAAAUAGGCUGUGAUGUCUUCUUUAUAUAAAUAUAUACUUUUGUGUAGCAAUUUUGUUUUCUGUGACGGCUGUUAAACUUACAAGUCAAACAUACCAACUUCUAAUUUUUUUUCACAUUUAAAUUUUAUAUUACUCCUUGUAUUUUGUGACCUGUAACUUUUAAAAUAAGCUGAAAUCCUUUACAUAUUAUGCACUUUGAAAAACAAGAUACCUAAAUGAAUUUAUUUUGAAUUUCUUUUCCUAAGCUGGACAUAUUAUGCACACACUAUUAUUGCCAAAACUGUGAAAAAAAAGUUUAUAUAAUUUUUUUUUAUAAUAAAUUAGAUUUUAUAUUUGUAUAAGUCACAUCAAAGUAAAGCCCAUCUUGUCCUUUAAAAAACUAUAUAUAAUAUGGGUUGAUUCAAUAAAUGAGAGCGAUGCAAAGUGCAGUUGAAUACAAACAGCAAAAAUAGCUGGAGUCCUUAAGGGUAUGUCCAGCUUCUGAAGCUGCGUCCUUAAAGGGUUAAUACUGUCUGACUCUGUAUACCGAAAAAUGUGACAAUGUUAAUGUGGAAUAUAGCAGAUGUAUUAACUGAAUGUAAAACAAUAAACUUCAAUUAUAAAAAAAAAAAAAAUGUGUGUGUGUGUGUGAUGCGCUUUGUGGAAUAUAUAUGAACAUAUUUACCUUUUGUUGAAGCAGUCUUCCCAGCAACCUUUACUAUGUAGAUGGAAAUCAAUUUCUCUUCCUCACAGGCACUGGGCUUUAUGCACUCAAUGAGACCUUUCAUUUAAAGUGCGGCUCUAAACACCAUAACAACUACAGCUAGCUGUAGUAUUUAUUGUGUUAGGAGUCCCAUGACGUAAUCCCCCUGUUAAGAAUGACACUGUUUUUGUAUGAUAUGAUACUUACCUGUUUCAAUUAUGUACUGAUCUAAAACAAAAACGUGUAUUGCUGAUGCAGAAGGGGAACUUCUACUUCAGAGAUUUCUUUGAGAGGACAGAUCACCAGAGACCAGGGGACCCAGGUAAACAGUUAAACUUCUAACAGUGAGGCGGCACAGCACCAGGGAGCUCCUGGCACCAUAACCGCUACAGUAGUGCUUAGAGUACUUUGUUAAUGCCAAAGUAGCAGAGAUGUAGAAUACAGCACUGUCUGUUCACUCUAACGCAGUGUUUAGUGAAUAAGCCCUUUUUUAUUUCAAGAGAUCUUUUCCAAUUACAUUCUUUUAAUCCCCCCAUGCUUUGUAAAGCGCAUGAGUCAAGGAAGCAAAUUCUUUGUAACUCACUUUUAAAUUCUCUUGUCGCAAAUUGGUGUUGUAAAAAAAAAAAAAGCAAAAGCAGAUUGAUUUUAUUUUACAUUACAAAAACCGGGACAGAAUGCGGUUUAAGUAAAAUUCUCAUUGAUUAUCAUGUCAUGAAUAUUAAUUGAAAUUAGAUAGUGAUGCAGAGAAGGCAAGUGGUGAUCUUCCAAAGAAAACCGGUCCCCUAACAAAAGUUUGGGCAGAAAGUUGAAGACGAAUGUGUUAUUUUUUGUUUCUGUUAAAGUGUAUGUUUUCCAUUUUACAGAACUAUGGCCAUGUCAGCCCUUUCAUAAUGAAUUUCUAAAUAUGUUCUUCUGUAUUAGGAUCACAUGCUUGCUGUUCCUUUUAUAUACUCCUCCAUUUACUCCAGCAGAUGCUGUCUUCAUUUUAGCGGCUUUUCCUUAAGAUAUUUGCGAGCAUCCAUCUCUCAUAGCUGUUCAGCUGACUCUGUAGUAAUACAUAAGUGACACAAAAACACGUUUCAGGUUUGUGUGUGCAUAUUCGUCUUCGGUAAUUAAUACUAGGUUAUUCCAAAGUCUAAGAUUCUACAGUCUUUGUCAUGUUGAUAAGGAUCUAACAAUGCUGGAAAUGUAACAUUGUAUUGGCAAUGCUUUAUAUGAAAAUGAGGGAAAUCUAAUUGUAUCCUUUAUAUAAAUUUGGGGAUGAAGGGAGAAUCCGUUGAAGUCAUGCUGGAUGCCGUAGUGCAGGGGUAGGCAACCUACGGCACUAGUGCCAUGCAUGGGCCGGUCAGGAGUCCCAGUGAAACUUCAUAUAUCUGCUAAUACAAAAAAGGUGUUGAAGGACAAUCCUCCAUUUAUGCAUUGCAGCAUGUAGCGGAAGUGAUCUAUGAUCACUUCCUCCCAGCACUUGUGAAUGGGAAUCCACACUGGAGUAGAGCAGCCCACAGCUUCCUGUUGCAGCUUCUGUCCUUGAGCUGUACCUGGCCAGCCUGGUCCCCAGUAAAACCCAGGGAAGCCUCCCAAACUGCUAGGUAUACACAGAGCUGCAGAAUAACCCUCCCAUCAUACAAACCGCUCACACACAAACACACACACAGUCCGCACAAACACACCACCAACAAUCCACAUACAUAGACACAACCCCACAUGCAGCCUCUCACAUGCAAUACCCCAAUCAGCCCCACACAUACACACACUACCAAACACACAAUGUGACAUAUCUAUCCACACACAAUUCUACAAGCAGCCCCCAUACACAGCCCAAAUUCAUAGGUAUUAUACAUACCACCACAAACUAUUAAUGAACAUAUACAAUAUAAUAGCUCAUAUACGCACAAAUACGAUACAAAGCAACUGCAGUAUAAAUAACACAAGCAGAAUAUAGCAACAUGCACACCAAAGUUUAAAGAAAUAGGACUGACACGCUACGGGACAUCACAAUCAUAUUUCGGUACAGUGCUGCUAAAAGGUUGCCUACCCCUGCCGUAGUGUGUCACACAUCAUUGCAGUGGUAACUGUGUUUUUACUCUAACUUAAACCUCCUUCUAUCUAAUUGUAAUCUGAAUUUCUCUCACCGCUGCUCAAUGUUCUCUCAUUUUUUGUGAAUGAGCAUGUGGACAUUUUGAUCCCUUUAGACUAGCCCCCUCAUUGUUAUUGGGAUACUGAAUGCUAAUAGUCUUAGUUCCCUUGUUACCCUUGCUCUUGCUGGGUUUUUUUAACGUAGUUCCUUCAAUCUCUUGACUUCAGUCUACUCUGUAUGUUUUUAACCCCAGUGACCUGAAUCCGCCAUAAUGUCCGCAGGUUUAGUACGCUCAAUAUUAUUAGUAUUAGUAUUUUACCCCGAUACUUUCACUACCAACUCCUCUUGCGCUUAGUCCCCUCAGUGCCCGGGGUACCCAAAGCCCCUUCCUCCCAAAUCCCUGACCCCAGUUAAAAAGCUCAGUCUUGCUUUUGGACAGCCAAUAUCAUGGAGGAAAGAGUGAUAAGAUCACGAAACUGCCAUCUUGUGGGUUUAGAAAUUGGUAUUGCAACGCAAUAUCGCCUUUAGGAGAGGAGACACAAGUGCUCAACCAUACAUUUGGAUACAGAGUUACUUCCCAUGCAUUAUAUUGGAGGGCUAUUUAUAGAAUUGUACUUUUAAUAUUCAUAUUUAAACUGGACCUUUCAGGCGCACUUUAUUUCUGUUAUCAAAUACUGUCUCAGUAUGUAAACAUCAACAUUUAUUUGCAGUGUUUAUAAAAUCUGGAUUUUUCAUUCACUGCAUUUAAUGUCAUUUGUUAAUUACUAAACCCUGGUGGCAAUCCGCUGAUUUAUUUGUCUCUUUUCUACAGGAUCUAAAUGUCUGAAAACGUCUGAGGAUGAUGGCUUUCUGUGCAAAAAUUAGAAAUUCCAAGAAACCCGAGCUGGACGUAUGCAUACGGGAAGGAUUGGAGAUUAAUUUCUAUUCAACGGAUAAAUCUCCCAUCUAUUUAUUAGAAGGGGUUUACACGGCUGAGGAAUUGUGUGUCAAGUCUGCUCUAAUAUGCAGUAAGUAGUUGUUUUUUUUUUUUUUGUAUUUGUGCAGUAAGAAUUGUUUCACUGCAGAUUUUUUUUGUCACAUUGUUUAUAUUUUCUUAUUUAACAAUAUUUCGUUUUUAUGAAAUAUAGUUUACCAUUUUAAUACAAUGCAUAAGAAGUAUCCGAUCAACAAAAUUGAUUUAACAAAUGUAAUAAAUAAUAAAGGAUAUUGAAUAAAGUAGUGCGAUACAGAAAUGGGAAAAUACAAUACAGGUGCGCGGUCAAUUACUCAAUAUUGGCCCUAAUAAACCUCUCCAGUAAUAUAAGGCCACCAGUUACUUAAUUAGAAUACAAGGAUGAUUUAGGAGUUAAAGAACAAUUAUUAAUUGGAUGUUUGAUCAGUAGUGUCAUUUAGCAGAGAAUUGAGCAGUGAAACUUCAAAGGCAUUAUCUAUACACCACAACUGAUUCAUUAAGCUAAAGUUGUUUGGUGGGUAUAGUGUCCCUUGAAAUGUUUGUCUUAUUGUACAGCACUGUCGAAUAUGUUGCUGCAAUACAAAUUCUAACUGUAUAUAUAAUGGAUAGUUUCAACUUUUUGAAAAUUAAGACAAUGGUUUUUAUAUUAUUGAAUGGCAUGUGUGUGCCCAUGUCAUAAAGAAUACAUAUGUGAUUUUUAUUUGUUUAUUUUUAAGAUAUAUCUCCUCUGUGCCACAAUCUAUUUGCCUUGUACAAUGAAAAAGAUAACCUCUGGUAUGCACCAAAUCACACGUUCAAGAUUGAGGCCAACACCUGUCUCAAACUUUAUUACCGUGUCAGGUAUGUAUGUGUGUUUUUUUUUUUUCUUUUCUUUUUUUUCUAACAGAAUCAGCAAUAUGUAUGUUGCACCCCUCUUCUCCCGCUCCCUUUCCAAGCACAAUAAGCGCUACAGCCCCCAGUAAUACUUUUGGUUUCAAGAGUGCCCCCUUUCCCCUGGUGUAGAAUCUAGUUUUAUUUACAGCGCUAAGCCGAGCUAUGCAGUACUGCUCUCAUUGGCUGAGAGUGUUAGCGGAGUGCUCUCUCAGGCAAUGAGCGUGGUCAUGGAUAGCCUAGGCUUAGCUGAAUACAAUCAUCCGGCAAGAGACUAAAUGUGAGCUUACUACAGGGAAACACAGUUACAUUGUCAAUCGGCUCUAAAAUGUUUUGACAAAUUACACUGGGACAGGGCACUUCUGGCACCAAAACCACCACAAUGCAAUGUGUGCCCUGGUUGUGCCAGGACUAAACUGGAUUGUGAUGGCAAUUACAUUUCCAAGAUACAGUUAAAAAGAAAACCCAGACCAUUUAAUGAAAAAGGUCAGUGCAAGUUAUAGGUGAUUUUUACAUCAGAAAAUAGGUGUUGUUAUAGUGUUCAAUUGUUACUAAUUGAUAACAUUACUUUACAACAACUGCCUUCUAAAAAGACACAUCGAUUAUCUGCUACAAUAAAGCUGUGCACUGUGUAAGUUAUGCUUGUUAGUGAAUGGUCUCCAACUUUGAUUACUUUCUGUCAACUGGGAAUCUGCUCAUUAAUUUGACUUGUUGGAAUCUUUAUAAAUUUACAUUUAUUGUUGGAUCCCUAUUAAAAGGAGCAGAAUGAUAGGAAACCUAAAAAAGACAUUUUUAUGAUGUGAUUGUCCUGGCAGAGCUGCAGAUUGUGAAUUGAAAUAUCUAAAUACCUAUAUUGUAUACUUUAAACUUGUUCCUGCCUGUAUGUAUCACUGGGUGAAUGAAGUGGCUGAAAUUUCCUUGUGAUGUCAACAGUCAGGAUAGUCCUGUUUCACUGAUGAUACUUGGCAUAGCACUUCUAGUACUAAAUAUAACUCUAGGAACAGAUGUGUGAGCACUUUUUGUUCCAUUAAAGAAACACUAUACUAAUACAAACGUGCAUUCCAGACACUGUAUUUUUGAAAUCACAGUUUAGGCCCCAGCCUGCCUCUCCUUAGUUUAAAAAUGGUGGUAAAUUCACCAUUGUUUCGUAAGCUGCGUGGGUUUUGUCCUCGGCUGAGAUCAUUAACUCUGAUCUCAGCCAAUACAAUGUGUUCCCAUAGGAAAGCAUUGGGAGGCCAUUGGGCACGUGCGGCAAAAUGCUCCAAUCAGCAUCUCCCUAUAGAGGUGCCUUAAAUCAAUGCAUCUCUAUGAAGAACGCUCAGCGUCUCCAUGCAGUGCGUGGAGACGUUGAACGUCAGUGCUGCCUACUGUGUUAGUGGCUGCCACUAGAGGUAUUGAAAUGGCAGUGAUUAUAUUGUUCUGUAGACUCUAGUGUCUCUUUGAUUUAUUAUUUUUUUUUAAAUAUAUUGAUUUGAUAUUGACCUUCUUUGAGGAAGUAUUACUUUAUGUGGCUUGAGUAGCCAUAUUGGAUCAGAUUUUCUAUUGCUGCAAGUUGACACAGGACAAUCACAGCAAGUUAGGUUUAGCAUUAUUAACAAGGAGAUUUAAGUUGUAAUCCUUGUCUUCUAACAAAGCUGUUAGUGUCUCUGGAUGUGGAUGUUUUUAGUGGAUUUAAUUUAUAACUGCGUCCAUGUUCCAUUACCUGUGCGGACAACGUUUCCAAUUCUGGGUUUUCCUCUUUUGGCUGAGCUUCGUCGAAUGGAUGUUUUAAAAUGUUCAAGUUUAUUAUAAGCACUGGUUGAACGGACUCCUUCCAUUUUAUUAAAAACUACAAAACAAAUAUACCGCAGCAAGAUAGUUCUGAGAAAUAGAGCAUCUCAGGCAGGAGUUCCAUGAGUCUUCUAGGAUCUAUGUCAUCUAUUAUAAACCUGGUGAAGUUACCCAAUUACCCAUCUGGGUUACUCAAGCUUGUUUCCUCUUUUGGAGCAACUGAUUCCAGCCUGAAGAUGACAUUUUAUUGGAGUUUCAUAAAGGGCUACAUCUCCCCUUUGAUUCCUCUCAUCUUUCAGAUCCUCCAGAAGAUCAUUUAGAAGCAGAUAUAGGUGUUUGGUCUGUGCCCCCAACCCAAAAACAAACACUGGGGGAAGAGCAUGGUAGAGAGUGGUAACUUACCAGAUAUCAGUUUCUGAAAUAUGUUUAUUUAACUCGUAUAAGCUUAAUUUACAGAAUUUAAAUAUGUUUUAGGUUCAUCUUUACCAACUGGCAUGGAACCAAUGAAAAUGAGUCAUCUAUUUGGAGAUAUUAUCCCAAAAAACAGAAAGAGGAUUAUGAGAAGAAACAGGGGCAGGAAGGAACACCUCUUCUAGAUGCCAGUUCUCUGGACUAUUUGUUUGCACAGGUAAAACACAUGGAUGCUGGCAGUAAAUGGGGUUUUGUUUUGAUUUUCUUAAAAAGGGAAGCAGAAUAUCUUUUCAGUGGUAUUUGGACAAAUUAUGUCAAAGACACACGUGGCAAAGAAAAAAGGAUAGGGAGCACACCCGAAACAUGCAUUCUACAGGAAUGGUGCCGCCAUAGUGACCAAUAUUCAUACAUGAUACAAAUUAAGUUACGUCGCACACAUAAUUAUACACUAAUAAUCUUAUCAGGGUACUUAAAUUCGCCUAUCUUAGCAAACUAAUAUGGGGCUUCAGUUCCACCCUAUGGUCAUAUUGUAUUAAGCCCACCACUACUUCACAGUACCCCAAUAUCGGUGGGCCCUACACUAACUCCAAAUGUGUGAGACAAAUUAAAUAGUGCUAAAUAAGCUAACGUGUAUUAAGUUAAUCUAUUGUAAGAGCAAUAUUUAAAUCUAGGCUAAAUGGGUGGGUAUGGUGUAAUAUCUGAACAAUCAUUUCUAGAGCAAUUGGUGGUGACUAGUUUGGGGAGUAGGAUUGGUAGAAUUGGCUAGAACAGUAAAUGCAGCGAUUGGUAGGCACUUGGAGUAUAGAGAGUCAUUACAGGAAGCAAACUGUGAUCUUUGCAAGAUCUGAGCUGGAAGCUAACUGUUUCUGUAGACUCUCAGGAGAAGUGAAACAACGUAUAAUAAUGUUACAGACAGAACUACAGCCAGACUGACUUACAUGUAUUGUGUGUGUCCUGCAGACACGGUCUCUUGGCUCCACUCGCGUUGUUCGGUAGGAGUAUGAAAGAGACAGAAGCCAGUCCAGGAACACAGUGUGUUGAAAGGCGGUUAUGGCACAUAGCUGCUAAACAUUUUUCCCCUUUGUACCAAAACUAUAUAGUCUUGAACAUAGAAAAAACUCCAAUGAAAUUAAAUAAAUGAGCAUAAAUGAAGUUGGUCCAAGAGUGUCUCUUUAAUUAUGAUUUUGACUCUUCUAAUCAAACACAGUAAAGACCAGUUACUGAGAGUGCAAUAUCUCCCAUUGUAAAAAUGUUAGUUUUUAACCGAAUUUAACAUAUUGGGCUUGUCACAAAAAGCCAUUUCUGUUCUUUCAAUCAAAUUUGUACUACCGUUAGGCUGCAGUUAAAAUCAGGUAAAUCUCUAUAUAACUUUGUGUUUGGUUAUUCACAAACUACAGAAUUACAAGUAAAAUCCUUACAAUUGUCUGUUCGCAUUAACCAGACCAGGGAAAAUGCAGCCAUAACUGUAAUUUACCCCAAAACGCCCUAAUACUUAAACAAUACCUCUAAACCUUCUCCUGCUUUAAUACUUUCCUUACUUCAAUCUGAUCCUCGUCUUUUCCUUCCUCCUAAUCUGUUCUUCUUUUCUUCUUUUUCAAUCUUUUUCUCCUAAAAUACAUAAAACAAACUAGGAAUGAUGGUGGCGGGAUAGUAUGCAAUGAUCCUUGCAGAUGACAGAGCUGCUUUAAACAUUAUUUUAUGUAUGUAGGGAGCCUAAUUGAGGUUUUAACAUUGCAUUUAUUUUAGGAAUCCUACAAUCACAUUGCCCUACAUAAAGAUCAUCUGUUAAUAAUUCUUGAGUUAAUAAACCGUGGGAUCUUAGAAAUCUUCCUGUGUUUGUGAUAGGAGGAUUCAUGCCCAUUAGCAUUAGACCCAGACUGGGACGUUACUAUGUGUAGAAAAAAAAAGUUAUCCAAAACUUAUAAAUGCAUCUUAUAUAGAGGGAAUGUGAUUCUGGUAUCUAUUAUUUUGAUCCUUAUCCGUUAGUUAUGCCAUUCUUGCUCAUAUUAUGGAUUGUGGGGUUCAGAUUGGGGUGGAGGGACUGUAAUUCCUGUAAUUUUGUGUAAUGUUAGCCACCAGGUGGAGCGCCAUGUUUAGAUAGCCUUGUUCAUUAUAGCACGUUUAGCUCUGCAAGGCUUAUUUUUCUUAAUACCAAAAUUGUAGUAAAUAUGAAAAACAAAUUGCAAAUUUUAGGUUACAGAAAUGAAUUUGGACUAGUUUUCGAACUCCGCUUUAAAGUAGCAGUCCAGUGUUAUAAACAGUUAUUUAAAACCCUGAAAUGUUGGGCAGUACCCUGUGCCUACUUUGCCCCCUUUAAUUCACUGGUUACAUGGCUGCUCACCACUGCCCUCCAUUGAGAAAUUCUUGUUCCUAAUAAUCACUUGGCCAAUUUGAUGCUUCUCACAUAGACACAUUGAGACUUGGCUCAUGCUUUAAGCAUUUGACAUGUUACUUUUUAUUACAGCUUGCCGUUCAGUUCACAACAAUUUAUUGGUUUACUUACUACUGUGAAAUUUCAAGAUAAAUUCAGCGUAAAUUUCAAAUUUAAGGCAUAAAUAGUCAAACUGACAUCUGACUUUUGGAAUGUUUCCAGUUUAGCCAAUAUGACCUUAAAUUUGGAAUUAUCACUUUAGAGAAUAACCCUAACAGGGUUCAUUUGAAUAAGCUUAACUGAAUCUGUCAUAGGCUAAACUUUCUGAGUUUUCAUCCACCGGGUAUCACUGUGUUUGAUUUAGUACAUUUCUCCAUGUUCUACGUUCUUGGAAAUAAGUUCUUAUGAGGUAUUGCUUUUCUUAUCUCUCAUCAUAUGAUGGUCUUUUCAUGCCAAUUGUUGAUAAAGAAGUCAAAACUCUAACUUAUGAGUGAUUUGAGAAAACGUGUGACUCACCUGAACUUGACAGUGGUGCCAGGGAGCAAAGUCUUGAUGUGUCAAUGCUGCAGCUAAGAUAGCGCUUAAAAUAGAAAACUUGGUUCCUGGUUGCUUAAUAUUACACAUGGCUACCACUCGUGUUUCCUCUUAUCGUAAACUGUGCAUGUUUUAAAGGCAUGUAGUCUAAAACAAAUGUUUCUGUUCUUGUUUCCUUUAGGGUCAGUAUGAGUUGGUGAAGUGUCUCGCACCAGUCAGAGAUCCAAAUACUGAUCAAGAACUUCAUGACAUAGAGAACGAGUGCCUAGGAAUGGCUGUUUUGGCGAUAUCUCAUUUGGCUAUCAAGAGAAAAAUGCAACUUCCUGAACUACCUAGGGACAUAAGGUUAAUGCAGUAGGCCUCAUCAAUAGUAGUUGGAUGUACUUGCUAGGAGGAAUAUCACUGCAAUUGCAGCACAAGCACUGACUGCAGUUUCUGUAAUGAAGAGCAGGAGAACCACUUGUAGAAGGGUUCUUCGGCUCUCCCUUGUCGUGUAAUCCUCUGCAUAUCCGUCUGUAUCAAAAAAUACUGACAGUGUGGUGUGGGUGAGCCGUAUCUUUGUACAGGUUUACUAUAUAAUCUAUACAUUAGUUUGCAAUUUUGAAUGCAUUUUAAUCCAGCUCUUUCUUGGCACAGAUUUCUCUGUACCAUAAUAGGGACUCUUUAAAUGUGCAUAUAAUUAAUGCAAAAAAUACCUGAAGUAUGUGUUCUCACAGUACAGUUCCUCCCUCCAUGUGAGAAAGGAUUGAAGUAUGCUGCUAUGUUUCCAUUUAAUCCUGUUUUGCUGAGCUGCCAGCGUUUGACUGGUUCUUGCUGGUUAUAUCAUGGUAUUUAAUAUCCUCGUGACAAAUUAAAAGUAGUCCACCCCUGAUUUUAAAUAGACCCCUAUAUUCCUAUACUUGUUGGUAUUUUACUCGUAUAUGCCUCAGGUGGGGGCAUAUCUACUAACUUUGGGGACACUCCCCCUGAUUGUUGUUAUUUUUAGGGCCCCACUGCCGCCAGAAGGAGUAGAUUAGGCCAUCUGGACGAAACCUGGUGUUUAGUGAAUAACCAUAUGAGAUUUUUAUAUAAAAAAAGAAGGCAUUUUGGCAAGAGUUACUGUUACUAAUGGCUAGAAUGUUUAUAAAUUUACUAACAUUUUAAAAAGGUGUGUCUUACCCCAUAUGAUUAAAGGACCACUAUAAUAACCCAGACCACGUCAGCUCAAUGAAGUGGUCUGGGUGCCAGGUCCCCCUAGUUUUAGCCCUGCAGCUGUAAACUUAGUUUCAGAGAAACUGCUAUGUUUACAUUGCAGGGUUAAUCCAGCCUCUAGUGGCUGUCUCCCUGACAGCCACUAGAGGCGCUUCUGCAAUCCUCAAUGUGAAAAUCGCAUUGAUCACGCUGAACUUCCAUAGGAAAGCAUUGAGUAAUGCUUUCCUAUGGGCGGUUUGAAUGCGCGUGGCUCUGGCCGCGCAUGCACAUUUGGCUCUACUCGGGAACUGACAUCGGCAGGGGAAGGAGAGGUCACCAGUGCCGAGGCAGCCCGGCGCUGGAUAAAGGAAAGUGGCUGAAGGGGGUUUUAACCCCUUCAGAGCAGCGGGUGGGGUGACCUAAUAACCCUAUAGUGCCAGGAAAACAAGUUUGUUUUUCUGGCACUAUAGUGGUCCUUUAAAUUGAAAGCGAUAAACAUAUUUUGUUUAGAUUUUUAGCAAUAUGGUGUAAGUAAUUUGCUUCAUGUUCAAAUACUUUAAAUGUUCUACAUUGCAAUAAAGCUUUGUUUUUCACGGUCCUCUCCUGACACCCUUGAGGCUUUCUUGGCAUCUGCUUUACGUGCUGUUUAAUUCUUACAGGUCUGCCAGUCGCAGACAAACAUAAUUUGUUUGGACCCAUGAUGUUGCGAUUGGGUGGAGGGCUAAGCUCUUAAAUGUUAGAAUGCAUUUAAAAUCAUUGGAAUUGAUGCGCAUUCUUGAUAUUUGUAAUCCAUGAGUUUUCUUAAAGAGAUAACUGGUAUUUUUUUAUUUAUUUAUUUUUUUAGUUACAAGAAAUACAUUCCGGAAACCUUAAAUAAAACUAUCAAGCAGAGAAACGUAUUAACACGAAUUCGAAUAAAUAAUGUUUUCAAAGAUUUUCUGAAAGAAUUUAACAACAAAACCAUUUGUGACAGUAGCGUCUCCCUACACGACCUGAAGGUUAAAUACUUGUCAACCCUGGAAACGCUAACGAAAAACUACGGAGCAGAGAUUUUUGCGUCAAGUUAUCUAAAGGUUUUAUUGGAAGGUGAACAAAAUGGUUUCAGUGCUGGCCACAGUAUGCUGGAGUACGAAGUUAUGGUGACUGGGAACACUGGGAUACAGUGGAGAGAAAAGCCAACUGUAAGUUCUAAUUCGUGAAAAUAAAAGGGGGCACAAAUGUUUGCCAUUUUUUGUGCAGCUAUAACCAGGGUGCCUGGCGUGUCCCUUAAAAGACAACACAUGAGGAGGGUUUUUAUUUCUCCCGUUUGAUAUGUAGUUUUACUAUAUAGAAGCUGACCUUCCUAAUCGAACAUUUUUUUUUUCUCUCUCGUUAUUGUAUUUACACUGCCAGAAUCUACUCUGUUUUCGUAGGAAAGUUUACAUGUUGCAUACAGUAGUACUACUGUGUGUAUUUAACCCAUACAGAGCCAGUAAGGAGAAUGGUAGUGUAGUAUGCUACUUGUCCCUCUGGCACUCAUCUCCAAAUAAACAGAUUGAGUCGCUUUACUAAGACUUUUUUUAAGGAAAAGCUUUAGAUUCUAUUAAUCCCAAAACAAAAAGAAAGAACUGGAAUGUUCGCCAACAUAUGCAUUUUUACAUGGUGUCACAUGUUCUCAUUAGGCAGAACCCUUCAUGUUUGGUUUUCCUAUUUUUUUUACAUCUUUAUUUUUGGUGCAUAGAUGAUACAAACACUCCUGCAACGCCACAAUAGCUAUUGCUAGCUUUUUAAAAGACAUAUAAGGACAUUGGCUUGGCAUGCAAAAGGCAUUGCAAAUACUUUGCACAUUUUAUAAAAUAUUGAAAGUGAGCACAGGGAACUUGAGUCAGUGCAUACAUGGAAAGGUGAAACGAAGCUUGGUAAUUGACUUGUCGGACAAAUUUAAACAAAAAUAAAGAUAAACAGAGGCUGUAUAGCUGAGCGAGGGAAUGUUUCCUGGGAGGCCACUUAUAAAGAAAAUAAUAUAAGACAUCAGGUAUAAGACUAACAGACCUGGCUGGACACAGAGAGAAGAUAAGGAAGGAGGUAAAACAAAACAAAAUAUCAGGAGAGUAUUUCCCCAUAUAACUAAUUAAAGGGACACUAUAGUCACCCAGACCACUUCAGCUCAAUGAAGUGGUCUGGGUGCCAGUCCCACAGGUUUCAACCCUUCAGAUGCAAACAUAGCAGUUUCAGAGAAACUGCUAUGUUUACAUUUGGAGUUAAGGCAGCCUCUAGUGGCUGUCUUCCGGGCAGCCACUAGAGGCGCAUCUGCGACGCUGGAGGCAUAUUAUGCCUCCAUCACGCAGAGCGUCCAUAGGAAAGCAUUAAGAAAUGCUUUCCUACGGACACUUUGAAUCCGCUGACGGCGGGUGCGGAGAGGUCACCAGCGCUGAGGGAGCCCGGCGCUCGAUUAAGGUAAGUAACUGAAGGGAUUUUAACCCCUUCAGUGCCACGGGAGGGGGACCCUGAAGGUGGGGGCACCCUCAGGGCACUAUAGUGUCAGGAAAACCGCUUUGUUUUCCUGACACUAUAGUGAUCCAUUAAGGCUAAUAGUUAACCCUGCAGUAACCAUGCUACAAUCCCUAUUCACCCUAUGCCUUGUAUCGGUAGAGCACAGUCCCUGCCAAUACUGGAGCGUGCCAGACUUUGAGGCCCAGGUGAGAGGCAGUGCGUUGCAGUGACCAGGACCAGGGCUCUCCAUGGCUUAACAGGCUUGGUGCAUGGUUGUGGCUUGCUCCAUGUCGGUUCCCGCCUCCGCGCCGCUUUUGGUUUCAUGGAGCUCUGCUGCUUGCGCUUCCACCAUGUUGGAGCCUUCACCGUAAUCACCUUUUCAGCCUCUGAUGGGGAUCUGGAGCCUGAUGUUGGCAUUCCGGUGGGUUAUGCUGUGCAUCACAAUAGGGUUGCCUGUUAAUCAACUGCUUCCAGAAUUCGUCAAAGUGCCUGUUUAUCCUGGCUUCCGUGUCUGAGAGUGCCUCUGAUGGUAGGUAAACAUGCGGUUUCCGCCAUUUUGUUUGUGUCGCCGUGAUGUUGGAUGGCUUGGAUGACUCUGAUCUGCCUGUCUGCAAGCACUGGGCUGCCUCCCAGGAGUGUACCGGGAUCACCUCCACUGGUCCAAGGGGGGAGGAAACGGGGGUCUCGCUGGCAAGUAGUUCCCUCUGGGCUGAGUUACCAGACUGCAUCAGCAGAGUGGAGGAAGGGAGACUUUCUGCAGCUUGUCGUCUGUCACCAAGUGUGUAAAGCAGGUAAGCGGGUUGCCGCAUCGCAGAAUCUAUUUUUUUUUUUUUUUCUUCAUAGAUUGCGUUUGUACGCAAGUUGUAGGGCAGAUUAGUAGAGGAGCUCACUUAACAUGCGACUCUCCUCCAUGACAGUCAGACUCCGCUCCCCUUGGUUUUCCUUUUAAAUGCAACAAAUUAUGGCCGUUAUGUUUAGCUUGUGUUGCACAUUCACUGUUUGUCUCAUCACCCUUCUCGGGCCCCAAUUGCUCUGUUUAGGAUUAAACUGGUUUGGAUACAUGCUUGUGUUAAUAACCGAUUUAAAAAAAAAAAAAAUUAUUUAUUAUUUUAUUUUAAAAAAUUUUUAAUUUGUUUUUUAUUUGGUGUGAAUUUUAUAUUGUGGCAACCGUGUUAUUUAUUGUAGUGCCUUGCACCGGAGAAAGAGAAGAAACCAAAGAGGAAGAAAGGUGAUGGCAAGAAUAGAAGAUCAGAAGAACAGAUGAAACAGAAAGACCAAUGGAUCAGCUUCUGCUAUUUCCCUGAAAUAACACACAUUGUCAUCAAGGAAGACACCGUCGUUGUUUACAGUCAGGACAACAAACGCAUGGUGAGUGCCCCUUCUGUCAGUAUAUAUUAUGUAGUAUCUAGUAGUUCUCUCUAAAUCACCCUGUUUUUCAUCAACCUAGAUCCUCUCAGUGACAUUCAACAACCUUCUCUCUGAGAAGUUGUGCAUGAUACACCUGUUCCUUAAUUCCAAUGGUUUUAUUGUUCUUUUUCAUGCAGGAUUUAAAGCUUCUCUCACCAGAGCAGGCACUUUCCUUCACUGCUUUAGUGGACGGGUACUUUAGACUUACUGCAGAUGCUCAUCACUAUCUGUGCACUGAUGUUGCCCCUCCUCUGAUCGUUGAAAACAUCAAGAAUGGAUGUCAUGGACCUAUAUGGUAUGAAAAGAAAUUGCUUUUACAUAACAUGAUAUAGUAAUUUAAAAAAAAAAAAAAAAGUCAUGCUUGGUAUUCACAUGAAUCAGGAUUUUUAGUUACUGUGGAUUACAUUUGCAGUCUAGUGAUACAGUAUCAAACCACUUGUCUUUCCAAAUAUUCAGAUUUUGAAGCCAAAUAAAAAGUGUAUAUUAGUUGCCCUUUCCUUUCUGGACUCGUAUGCAGGCUGACUGGCGUUCCAUGUCCUGGAAUUCAGGCAUGGUACAGUUUGGAUGAUAAUUCUGUGGUUACAAUUCUUAAGGUGAAACAAUCGGUAGGAACUUUUUUUUGUUGGUCUCUGCUGUGAUUAUUCCAUUUUCACACAACUGCGUUAAAUAACCUCAGUAUAAUCGGCAAUAUCUGUGGGGGUGCAAGUGCAUGUCUGAUUUUGCUUAUCAAACAGCUAAACCUUGGUAAAGUAUCUGUCACCUGACGUCUCCACUGAAAAGAUCAGUUUAAAGUGGUAAUAUUUCCUUUUGAGAAUAUUUCCAAUGUUACAGUUUGACAUUUCUAAAUGAUAUCAGUUUCAUUAAAUCUAUAAUGGCUGUCUGAAAGCUGUCAACGUUACUCCACUGCUCUGUUUUUGCAGCUGCUCUUUACAGAAUUGGAAAUGCAUGUCUUUGUCUUAUCUGGUUAAUUGGCCUUUGUUUUGCAUAUUGCAUUAAAUCUGCUGAAAUUUCACUUUAAAGAAAGGAUUUAAAAAAACGUCAAUGCAAGGUGUGAAAAGAAAACAAGCCAUUUUAAAUUAGAAAUCUUUUAACAAAGGUAGUAAGUACUACCACUGUCUUAAUAUAAGCUGUAAAUAUUAAAGGGAAACUCUAGUGCCUGGAAAAUAAACUUGUUUUUUCCUGGCACUGCAGCUUCCCCUUCUGUCAAGGCCCCCUCCCGCAGCACCAAAGUAGUUAAUAACCCCUUCGGUCACUUACCUGGCUCAGCUCUCCCCACGCUCCUCCCCCGCCAACCUAAUGCAUAUGCACAGCAAUGGCAGCGCUCACAUUAGGAUCUCCCCAUGGAAAAAGUAGACAGCCACUAGCAGAGGACUUAACCCCGCAAGGUAAUUAUUGCAGUUUAUAAAAACUGCAAUAAUUACAUGCUCGGGGUUAAAGGACCACUCUUGGCACCCAGACCACUUCAGCUUAAUGAAGUGGUCUGGGUGCCAGAUCCAGCUAGGGUUAACCCAUUUUUUCAUAAACAUAGCAGUUUCAGAGAAACUGCUAUGUUUAUGAAUGGGUUAAGCCUUCCCCUAUUUCCUCUAGUGGCUGUCUCAUUGACAGCCGUUAGAGGCGCUUGCGUGCUUCUCACUGUGAUUUUCACAGUGAGAGCACGCAAGUGUCCAUAGGAAAGCAUUAUGAAUGCUUUCCUAUGUGACCGGCUGAAUGCGCGCGCAGCUCUUGCUGCGCGUGCGCAUUCAGCCGCCGACGAGGAGGAGGAGGAUCGGAGGAGGAGAGCUCCCCGCCCAGGGCUGGAAAAAGGUAAGAUUUAACCCCUUUCCCCUUUCCAGAGCCUGGAUGGAGGGGGACCCUGAGGGUGGGGGCAUCCUGAGGGCACUAUAGUGCCAGGAAAACGAGUAUGUUUUCCUGGCACUAUAGUGGUCCUUUACGGUUGAUGGGAGUUGGCACCCAGACCACUUUAAUGAGCUGAAGUAGUCUGGGUGCCUACAGUGUCCCUUUAAAGGAGUUUAUUCGGCCAGCUUGUGCAUUUUGUAUUGUAGUUUAGAAUUGUGUUGCUGGGAAUUGACAAAUUAAUGUUUAGUAUAGCAGUAAAGGUAAAAGCUAUGUUCAGUGAAGUCCAUGCUUCAAUUUUCUGUUGCCUAUUACGUGAUACAGUGGUGCUUCAUUGCCUGUCCCUUGUUGGACUCUGCUUGCCAAUGUCUUGGAGGUGACAGGUGUUUUUAUAAUAGAAUUUGUGUGCCAGAAUAUACCAAGCUUCUCUUCUGUAUUUCACUGACACCAGCUUGCGUCAGCUAGAUACGUCCGUGCCCGAUUGAACUGCUUGUACUUUACCGCCACACAUUUUAAAUUGUGUAUUAUUCUCUCUGUCUAUUUUAGCACUGAAUAUGCCGUAAAUAAGAUUAGGCAAGAGGGAAACGAAGAGGGCAUGUUUGUGUUGCGCUGGAGCUGUACAGAUUUUAAUCAUAUCCUCAUGACUGUGGCUUGUUCCAGAUCGUCACAGGUAAGUUCAACAUGACUGUAACAGAACGUAAGGACAGUGGGAAUGACACUAUCUCUGAUGUUUGUUUUUAUUUAUUAUUAAUAUUUCUUUUUACUAAUUGGCAGCUCGAAUCCAAAACUUUGAAACAGUAUAAAAAUUUUCCAAUUGAGGUCAAAGUCGGCAAAUAUUGUUUACUUGGCUUAGACCAGGGUUUCGACUCGCUGAAGGAUUUGCUGAAGCACCUGAAGGGGCAGGUUCUGCGCACAGAUGAUGUCAGUUUCACGCUAAAGAGAUGCUGUCCACCAAAACCAAGAGGUGAAUUAAAAGUUGCUCAAUUGGAAAAGCUAGGUUAAAAACAAGCAAAUACUUGUCUGUGUUAUUGAGUAAUGCGAUUACGUGACCUGACAGAGGAGGGAUACAACUAUGCUAAGAAAAUAGACUCAAGGCCAUGAAAGUCAGGUGUUUGCUGGUAGAUAAUGUGAAGGCGUUUGCUAUUAUUCUGACAACUUGUCUUUUCUCUUUGCUUUUAAAAAGAACGACGUUCCAGAUAGAAUUGAUCUUGCUCUGUUGAGUGAUAUUUUAUAUGGUGAUGUAAAUGCAAAUAAAAUUACACUUAAUGUUUUUUGUUUCCAAGGUCUAAGGGUAUAAUAAUACAAUGUGUUCUCAGAGCAGUUUUGCAUAAGUAACCAUGGUGACUAAAACACUCUUAGGUAAAUUUAUAAACAAAACAAUGACAUAUUGCUGCUAGUGUAGCCUUGGCAUUUUUCCUGGAGGCAUGUCUUUGUUUAUGAUGUGUUGUUUAGCAGCCCGUGAUAAUCUAUGAAUAAUGUGUAUGAUGAAAUAUGACGCCCUAAUGUAUGCUAUAGGUCCAUUGUCGGGGAGAUACAGCCAGUAAGGCACUUGAUCGGCCAGGUUUGAGUUGGACCGAUAUCGGGUUUUUUUGUUUUUAUGUUUCUUAUCAGCAAUGCUGAUUGAAACGCUAGGAUCGUAGUUUGAGAGUCCUCAAAACCAAAUACCCAUUCCCAAAUAGGAUAUCCUUGGUUACUGUUGCAGGGUGCUGGUCUAAGUUUUGCUGUACCCCUUCCUCAACCAGGCGUCUGCAGUGCAUGUAGUGAGGCUCAUGUGCUUGAUGGAGAAUGCAGAGUUAUGACUUUUUGGAAUUUAGAUUUCUUCUCCUUACACUAAACUUGCUAACUGUAAUCCAGGCCAUCCCGUUUUGAGGCCUGACAGAGGAAGGAUCGCAAGUCAUUCGUGAUGAUCAUGUUUAGCCACAGUUUUUAAAUUUUUUUAUUAUUCUUUAUUUUUCAUGUGCAUAUGGUUACAUAACAUAGGGACCUGUAGCGCCACAACAGCGAGUACAGGCUUCUCAAUGUCAAACUUUGUGGCAUAGAUAAACAGCACUUUUUUUUUUUAGGUGACAUAAUGGUUUUAGACAUAUUUUGUAAGGCAAGAUAAAGUAGAUUAGGCGUGGUUAAUGUUAGUUGAUUAUACAGAUAGUUACUUCGAUAAGAGAGUUCACUGACUUGAUGUGCCUCAUUACUCGAACUCUAACAUAUUCAUCAAUAUGGGUUACAUUUGCAAGCUAACACUUAAGGCUUAACAGGCCCUAGAAGGAGUAUACUCACAGGUUAACAAGCAGACAGAGGUUUUACCAUGCUAGUAACUGUAGGCUGGUUGUGUGCCUAAUGAGUGGGGUUCAUGGUUUAACCGAUAUAGUAUACUAUUAAUCUUAAUAUACUAGUGCAUCAUGUAAGUAUCAGUAGCAUGCUAACAUAGCGGAAAGAGGAGCAUGGCUAACGAGCAGGUGUUCAAUAAAGUGUUCAAACCAUGUACAAUGCGGUGGCUAGUCUCGGCAGCAGUAUACAAGAGGACAUAGCAUUCAUUAUGACCUGUACGGCAGGUCCAUGUGUCGUCCCUGUUUUUGGGCCUGCAGGAGCAUAGUCUAACUCCGGUGCAUGUCAUCCCAUUCAGCCGAUGCCGGCUCUAGAGGCUUGACAGGUGGGCCUUGGGCGCUUGCGGAGUUGGUGCUGCAGCAAGAGUCCGUCGCCUGUGUGUCCCGGAGAGGCCCUCUGCCUGCGUCCUUUGCCACUUGGAAGCUGUGUUGCAUUCCGGUAAGCCUUGUGGCUGUCUAUUCGGGCGUAUGAGUGUAAGGUUGUGCUUCGUUGGCUGGAGGAUUCCGGUGUUGCUGAGCGGUAUGUGAAUCGUGCAGGCUUGGUCUCUCGCUGGUAUGUGUGCCGGUGGGUCCGGGAGGCACGUCGCCAUUCCCCACCGUUUUGAACUCAGAGGUUGGCACUGUCUGGAGGCUGCUCUGGGGGCUCGGGGUGGGCCUCUGCUCAGGCAGCGUCGGGUAGCCGGGCAGAUCCAUGUUGCCACAGUUUGCAUCGCCAGCUUGAAGUGCUGAACCUUUGUGUGGAGCAAUGUCCAGAGGCUAGUGCGGAGCUGGUCAAAGAAUUCUAGGGUGUGCUUGGGUGGUCUGAUGAGGUUGUUUUGUGCUGCCAUCUUGCGUGGGCCCCUGUAGUCCUGUGCAUGUGUGGGUUUGGUCGCUUGGUUGAGCCGCGUUGUGGGGGUAGUCGUCCCCAGCGAGGACUGGGAUAUCCCCCGCCGGUCCAGAGGGGGGGGGUAUAGGGGCAGCAUCCGAGUGAGUCUUAUGGGCAGGUCCUGUGUCGGGGGAUCGGCCGCCUCCCCCAGGCCUCAGGCCCCGCUCCAAUGUAGACCGCGUGGCCAGUAUGGGUGCUUGUUUUGUGUGUCGAUGCGGGACAGAUAUCAUUCUAUUCCCUGUGUGGCCCUGUAUCGGUUUUUGGGCAUUUUGUGCUGCUAGCAUGGUUGGAUUGUUCAGGCUAAACCUUUUUGUGCUCGUUGGCAUUAGAGCCCUCAUGGAGCACGUCCGGCCAUCUUGGCUGUCAGGCCCCGUCCCCCUUUAGCCACACUUUUUUUAACUCUCAGGGUAGGGGAAAACAAAGACAGUAGGUAAGGAUACUGUGAAACACACAGGAGGGAGGAGAAGGGAACUGGAGGGAGACUCAGGAGUUGGAAUAGGAUGGAGUUAAUUCUAGAGAGUCCUGUCUUCUGGAUGGUGUCCGAGAAAUGUUGAAAAUACUUAAUCAGUAAUUAUAAAUAGUAAUCCGUUUUAGUGCUGGCAUAGGGUAAGUAAGAUAUUUGGAAUUUAAAAUUUUUAAUGGACAAGAUAUAUAUUUUGUUUUAAAACAGUCUGGAACCCCCGUGACAAAAAACUAGUGUCAUCUGCUUAAACCACACAAACAUUGUUUCUGCUUCUCAUUUUGUACUGGCAACAAGCAGAGCUUUGUAUAAUUCAUUAUAAGAUUUAGGCAACGCUAACCUUUCCAGAUGCUUUUAACGCCUGAUUCACGGUAUCCUGGGAGAUGUUGUCUACAACUCUUUCACGGUCUUCCUCAUAGGUUGCCUACAUUGAAACAAUUGCAAAUUUAUGUAAUGACUUCAGAAGGACUGAGAUUUGUGUUUAAAAGCACAUGCAGGCACGCAUGCAAUGUCCAAAUAUUUAGCUUCUUUAUGGAGAAAAAGGAUACAUUUUUAUUAUUUCUGGAGAAAUGUCAGGCAUUGAUGUUCUUCCCCCUUCAAAGUAUUUUCUUUAAAUUCAUACUAUUUACUGUUUUUCGUGAAAUAUGCCUUUUUAUUAUUCCAUUUUGCAUGAAAUUUUAACUAAAAAUAAAAAUAAAAAAAUAGAAGCAGCCUUAAAAAAAUAACUAAAUAAAAUAUAGAGGGCUGCAAUCUACAUCUGCACAGGACCCAGGGUAUAUUUUGAAAGGGGAAGCUGUUUGCAGAACAUUGAAAAUGAUAAAUAGAAUGUAGUUCAAAUACCCGCUGAACUGCACCUCUUGCCACAUUGAUAUUGUGAAAUAUAUCGUGUGAGGUAGACCUACUACAGGAAAUAUUCUGUGCUCACUAUUUGGCCGAAAAUCUGUGUGAAAGCAUGAUCGCUACAUCAGCUGAGCCUUUAGUUACAUACCUUCAGAGCUUAAAAUUUGAAGCCCUGUGAUACUAGCCAGGCCUUUAAAGUUACUCACCACUGGAAGCCCAUUGUAUGUUUACCAGGGAUGGUUUUUCACUUGCUGGUGGCCAGUGGAAAUGUUAGGCCCUGAUAUCUGGAUAGUUUAUUUGUUAAACCCAUUAAAUAAUUUUACAUCAAAGAUUUGUAUGUUUAUGUUUAAUUUAACAAUCAGCCCUUUUCAUUUCCCUUCCUUCCUUCCUUUUUUUUUUUUUUUUAAAUUAGAAAUUUCAAACUUGUUAGUUGCAACAAAAAAGGCCAUGGACUGGCAGCCAGUUUACCACCUCAGUCAGCUCAGCUUCCACCGAAUACUUAAAGAUGAGAUUGUGCAGGUAAGUAGCUCUUUAAAUAACCUACAGCCAGAAAAUAUGAUUGUCAAUCUUCUUCUUUGCUCAUGUAUAGUGCGUUACAGUGUUCUUUUUCUGAUUGGUGCCCUUGUAUAUCCCUAGUAUCUAGUAAUGUGCUUUAUGUACUGAUUUUUGUUCUGAUAUAAAGCAGAUUAGACUAAGUAGUUUCCUUCCUGAUGAGCGAACUCUGGUAAUAUACCUUGAACUUUAUCAAGAAGAUGGACAUUGUCUUAUAAUUUGAGAGUGCUAGCUAUGGAAACUCUGAGUGUGUUCCUGGCCCUUAUACCUUACCAUUUGGGCUCCCCACUAUUUUUUUAUUUUUUAUUUUAUUUUUUGCAGAAUUUGUAAGGCACCUAAAAUAGUUUGGUUUUGUAAGUAGGAUUAACUAAAUCAAACACACCUUGGUAAUCUGCAGCAUCAAUCUUUUUCAGACAUCGGUGCGUUAUGACUGUACAUGACCGUUUCCUGGCUGUAGCCAACAUGGCUUCUUGUAAUUAAAGGGAGGGUAAAACCUUAGAUAACCUGUAUAUUGACAAAUAGAUUACCGGCUAUAGAAUUUGAAAACAAAUGAAUCCCACAAAGCUUACAACAUUACUCUUAAAACAAGCACUAUAAACCAUAACAAAUAGGACUAAGGAACAUUUAUUCUCUUAUUUUUUUUUAACAAAUGAAAGUGUCUCCCUUUAAUAAGUUAAAGCAAACAUUCUAUAUUAAUUAAAUAAUAUUCACUGGCCAAAUGUGCAUAGUGCCUUUAACCACUUAAGGACCAAACUUCUGGAAUAAAAGGGAAUCAUGACAUGUCACACGUCAUGUGUCCUUAAGGGGUUAAAAAUACACACUCCCAAAGUGCGCUUUGCUUAUUUACCCAAAUGUGGGUUAGAAAGCACAGCAUAUUUUGUAAGUGUUUUCUUAAAUGCACAGUGCACCUAAUGCAUGUAUUUUAUAUUGUGUUUUUGAUUCCUGUAACCUAUAGGGUUGCUAUUUGUUUGACUCUGUAAUAACUUUCUAGGGCCUUUUAUUCACUUAUUCGCCCUACAUCACUGUGGCCCAAGAUCACUGUUUUGCUAUAUGUUUGAUAUGGGAUGUUUAGUUGUGUAUUAUUAAUAUAUACAUUGCCAGGCAUCAGUUGUGCAUAAUGUUGUCACUUUGCUGUAUUUAGUUGAAAAGCUUAAAAAAAAAAAAAAAAAAAAAAAAGUUAGCAAUGAACAAUAACUCUAGACUUCUUGGCCCAGCCAUAUAUUUGAAGGUACCUGACUAAACACUUCACUGACCAUGUAUCUGCUGUCUGUUAUGGUAAAUACAGAAUGUUGAAUGCUGUACAGGUACCGCUAUGUAUUAAAUAUGCAUUAUACCUAUUGUGUAUCUCUUAGCUGGAUCAUAUGGGUCGAGGAACAAGGACACAGAUCUAUUCAGGAAAACUGAACUACAAAGAUGAUGACUGCGAAAGCUUUUCCACCGAAAAGGAAAUGAAAGUUAUCCUGAAAGUGUUGGACCCAAGUCACCGUGAUAUUUCUUUGGUCGGUAUUCAUUCCUCCCGAACACCAAUAGUUAGCAUGGAACACUCUGUUACAAAAAGAUUGUUUAAUGGUGGAUGUAAUGUAUCCCUUUCAGGUACCCUAUGUACCCCUUAGAUAAUUAACUUGAGCCCAUACAUCUUGCUUGAAUUGUUCUGCAGAAAAUGAUUCAGUACAACGUUGAUCUUUAAAAUGCCUGUCUCCACUGACUUUAAGGGAAUGUAGCCUACUAGUAAUUUUAUAACGUUAUGUUUGGUGGGAGGGGGCUCUAAUAUUUACUUUAUUUAAUACAAUUAAGAAUGAUAUUCAGCAAACAUUACUUAAAAUGAUGUCGGUGAAACAAUUCCCUACCUCCAGUACCAAAUAACAGAAAGAAAGGGCUGUGCUGUGGGAUUAGAUUAUUUUUUGCGAAGUACAGGUACUUCAUGUUUUUAGUCUUUGUUCACAAUGUACUAGUGUUUAUUUGAUUUUAUUUUUUUCUUCCAUUUUUUCAUACAGGCUUUCUUUGAGACUGCAAGUAUGAUGAGACAAGUUUCACACAAACACAUUGUGCUGCUUUAUGGCGUAUGUGUGCGAGAUGUGGAAAGUGAGUCAGAUACAAACAUUUACUAUAUGUUUAAAAAAAAUUGAGGCUGCGUAAAAUACAUGUUUAAAGUAGCAUAUAUAGCAUAAUUGUCCUGAAAAUGUAAAUUCUUCCUGAUGAUGUGGAUGGUCUGAACACUAAGUAUCUGACUUUUUCUGUUUAUUAUUCCACCCCAGGAUUGAGCCAGCAAAACUGUGCAUGUGCCAAGUAGCUGUUCUUCUAAGUGUUCACACUGCUAAUUGUUCCGUUAAAAAUAAAGAUGCAUUCUGACCGUUUUAUUCUUAUGUACAUUGAACACUCCCUGCCAAACAUCAUAUGUGCCUUUCUGGUUUUCUGCACCCACCUCUGUCCCCUUAAAGUAAACUAAUAUUGUCUAGGAAAAUACAUUAAAUGCCAUCUGUUAAGCAGUCAAAUCACUAAAGAAAAUAUAGACUUAACUGAUUUUGUAUUCUGCUGUACAAACGGCGGCUGUAUUUUAGUUGACUAAGACACCCGGCUCUUUUUAACUUCUAACACCUGUUGGGCAGUGCAUACAUCUUUUAGCAUAGAUCUAAGUUACACUAUACUUAAAUUAGAAAUAUUAAUAAUUUCCUCUCCAGGCUGCUUCAGCCAGAAUGCAUAGUCUGUAGGUGUUGAUAUUGGUGUUCCAUGGACUACCAGUACACCUCUGUGUUGGAUGAACUCAAAAACAUUUGUUCUUAGCUCUUUUGGAUGCGCUCACUUAAACUAGUCCAUGUAGACGCCCUUAUUUCUGCUGGGACUAUUUUAGCUUGGUUUGAUUGCUAUUUUCACAAUUUCUUGUUCUCCACAAACUGGCCUAAGGCAUUCCUGUAAUAUUCUGCUAACACAAUACGUUGAUGAUUUCCCCCUCCUUUUUUAAUGUAAAGAAAUACGGUGUGUGUACCGUGAUAUGUACCAGAACAAGAAUUAACGGUCAUUACAUGUUCUUUCAGAUAUUAUGGUUGAAGAAUAUGUGGACUGCGGGCCUCUUGAUUUGUUCAUGCAUCGUAAGAGUGAAUUUCUAACGACACCGUGGAAGUUUCAGGUUGCCAAACAGCUUGCAAGUGCCCUGAGUUACCUGGUGAGCCGUCUAACUGAAGAACUGUUUGGGUGUUUGCCAUAUUUAAACCCCCAAGGUCUACAGUCCAUUCCUUCUGGAUUCUAACAAACUGUUGUUGGAGUAGGAAUCUUAAUAUCCAAAGCCUUAUUUUAUUGGCUGUUGUCUCAUCCAGUAAUGGUUCUUUCAGUAUAGUGUAGAGCUAAAGCAUUAUUAAAUAAGAUAUUGACUGAUCGAUGACACAGGCGUCAAACGUUUCUUUGGGUAACCUAAACAUUGCAGUUUUUAAAGUUCAUUUUUUAGCAUGAUCCACAUGCCUUUGUAUCUUUGGAAAAUGGAAAUUCUGCUCUAAUGAGCCCCACCUAAUUGUGUCAUAGUACAUGUAUAAUAACCAAUUUCAUCUUUCUUUUAAUGAGUAACAUUGUAAAAAAAAAAAAAAAUUUCUAAUAGGAGAAUCGUAUGUUAAGGUAGGAGUGAGGAUUAUUAUGUCCAUUUUAGAAUUAAAAAAAAGAAAAAACAUUUGCUUGUCAUUUAAAGAUGGCAUUUAAUAAAGCAACAAAACUUAUUUGCAAUAAUGGAUAGUUCUGACCCUUGGACUACAAGUGAACCUGACAGAGCACAGACACCCACGCCGGAGAGUUCCUUAUUCACCUCUAAUUUGCCUUUUGUUAUCACAGCUGCUUUAUUAAGUAGAGCGGUCACUAGCUGGGAAAUACUUAGUGGGAGAACUUAAUUGAGCCUUUAAGAAUAGCAAGGGUCAUGUUAUUUUUUUGGUAAUUUUACAAAAAUAGUCUUGUGAACUUAAAAAAUAAAAAUUAACUUUUGGCCCCAUUCCAUUGCAGUGAAGGACAGAUUUGUUGGGUAAGGAGUGGGCAGCCUCGGUUAUGUAAAUACUAGUUUGGUUUGCUAUCUUGCCUUGUUAGCUUUGACAGGGAGAAGCUACACUUAAAGGAACAUUAACAUGUAUUUCUGACCACAAUCUAACCUUCUUGGCCCUCCUAAAUAUAUAGCAAAGUCUUACCAUUAUUACAGUCUGCGGUUGCUGGUUUUGCCCCUGAUCUGCCUGCUUGGCUGACAUCAUCAGAAGUGGUGUUCUGAGCCAAUCACAAUACUUUCACAUUGGAUUGACUGAGCUUGUCAAGGAGGCAGAUCAGGGCCAAUCAGCAGCUCCUCAUAGAGAUGCAUUAAAUCAAUGCAUCUCUGUGAGGAAAGUCCAGUGUCUUCAUGCAGACACAUACUGUGAAGCACCUCUAAUAGCCAUCUGAGUUGCGGCCAGUGGAGGUGUCUAGGCUGUAAUGUAAACACUGCAUUUUCUCUGAAAAGACAAUGUUUAGCGCAAAAAGCCUAAAGGCAAUAAUUCUACUCACCAGAACAAAUACAAUAAGUUGGAGUUGUUCUGGUGACUAUAGUGUCCCUUUAAUCCAUAGUUAAUGACUGGGGGGAGAAGGGGUAUUCUAUAAUUAUUGGGGAAUAUUUUCCAAGGGCAGGCAGGCACAAACCCAUAAUUGAAUUUCACAGUUGAUUAAAGGAAAAUAAAGCUCGAAGAUAGACCAUAAAACUGGUGUAGCCAAAAGGUUUAUCUCUAGCUGUUAUGGAACGACACAGAAAACGGCACCAUUGCUAAAUUCUCCUUACAUGUUGUAUAAAGCCUCUAAUUGGCUAAUGCUGAUUACUGUGGUUACAUGCACACGCAGUAGUUUGCAUGUAUAAUGGGAAUCUUCAUAUCUAAUUUGAAGGACAGAGUGAGAUGAAUCAAUAACACCAUUCAUUUUCUUUGUUUAUUGCAGACGUGUGUUAGUUACGGGGCUUUUUCUGCCAAGCUGGUCUAUUAAUUUACGCAUGAAAUGCCCCAAUCUCAAUUAGAAUGUGGCCAUUAGCAAUCCAGCGUUAAUUAUUUUUCAGAGUCCCUCAAAGCUGGUAUAGUGAGCCUGGAGUGAGUACUGAUAAUGUCUGAAGCCUUAAAUAUUACAUUAAAUUCUUUUUGCCAUUUCUUUGUGCAAUUAUACUUUUUUUUUUCCAGUAAGUCCUUUUCAAAUCUUAAAGUAAACUUUUCUGAAUGUGAAAAAAGUUGGGGUUGACCGGGUCACCUUCUAUUGAAUAUUAAAAAAGUAAUCCUUUUAAGUGACUGUCCUCAUUGUUUAUAGGGACAACUUUGUUUUUUUGUUUUCCUGGUACUAUAGUUUCCCUUUAAUGCACCAAAAUGGCUACUUCGGUGAAUGAAAGCACACGUGCAAAUGUUUGGCCACCUCCACCAUCCCACAAUGCAUUUUGUUUUCAACUAACAGAAUAUAAGUAGUUCAUCUCAAGUACAAAGAAAGUUGACUGCUGGUAUUGCCUCUUUCUUCUCUAAUAACUAUUUAGAGUACUUUUUUCAUUUUAAUGUUAAUUGUUUUUAUGAUAAAAUAAUAAUUGUUUUGUUUACCCAAUACAGGAAGAUAAAGAUUUAGUGCAUGGAAACGUCUGCACUAAAAACAUCUUAUUGGCGAGAGAAGGGAUUGAGGGUGAAUGUGGCCCAUUUAUAAAGCUCAGUGACCCUGGAAUACCAAUUACUGUAUUAACCAGACAAGGUAUGAUAUGAUAUUUGCUGAUGUUCUAUUUCUUAUUCCCCCCUCCUUUUUUUGUUUAAUGCAUUUAAAGCGGCGCUGUCCAAGUCGCAUCUGUUUUUUUGUUUUUUUUUUUAAAUCCUCCUCCUGACUCCAAAAUAACCCCUAAGCCCCCAUUUUACCUUUUUUUAAAAUUUUUAUUUCAUGCCCAAACAUAAAUCCUAGGUGCCGCCUUCUUUGUGCGGGCAGAUGAAGGCCCUAUGGAACAGGUCAUCUGCCCAAACAAGAUAUCACUGUGAAAAUUUAAACGUGGGCCCAGUUAAACACUUGGACAUUCGCUAUUGUCCAAUAUUCGAACAGGAAUUUUGGCUGUUCGUUCAUGACAGAAAGACCAAUGAAUGAAUAGAAAUUUUAAACAAACAAACGAAGACUGAAUUUCGGUCUUCAUUUGUUUUAGUUUAUUACUAGGAGGGAGCUAUUGGCUCGUGGCUCCCUCUUUAUAAUAUAUAAAAAAUAAUAGUGCCUCAGUGUGACCCCCAUAUUAGCAUAAGGGAGAUUAAAAUCUCCCUAAUGCCACUACUCGCUAUGCUGCAAAUGGGUGGGGGCCGGAGGGGGGCCUAUGACUCGUGUAGCAUGGGGGGAGCACUAUGCCCCCCCAUUAAUUAUUUUAGUAGGUGCCCCACCAUGAGGCACUUUAGGGGAUGGUGGUCUUUAUUUAAUUUUUUACAAGAGUGAGCAGUCACAUGCUGCUCACUGUUUAGGAGACAUGCCCCAUACUCAUGGCAUAGCAAGCUAGAUUAAGAGCUUUGUAUUCCUGACACUAUAGUAUCCCUUUAAGAAAUGAAAACCAGCUUUACUUCUUUCAUUUUUGCAUCUGCCUUCCCCUUCCCAACCCCCUCCCCCCCUCCGCCAAUCCAGUGAAUAAAGGGUUAAAACCCUUUUAUUUUCUUGCUUGAUACCAGCACCAAUGUCCCUAGAUGCUAUCGAUGCUCUGCUCCCUCCAGCGUCCCUUGAUGAGCUGGCUCCUAAGUGGGUUAGACCUCCCCAUAGAAAAGCAUUCCUGUGGGGGAAAAAAUCUGACGCUGGGCUGCAGAGCGUGAGGACAGCCAGCGUCAGAUACCGGAACAAAUCCAAGAAUCCCUCUAGUGGCUGUCUGGUAGUGGUCUGCGGGCAUACAGUGUCCCUUUAACUGUUGCUUAGCUUUGGAAAUUUGCAUAAAUUCCAUAAAACAUUCGAACACAAUGAGAGUGAAGCAUGCAUUAAUAGCCCAGCCCUGGUUUUAGUUUAUGUGGGGCUGGAGUGUAAGUUUGGUUUACAUUCAGUGUGGUUGCUCAGUCCCCACUCCUUUACUCAGUUACAUUUAUUUCUGCAAACGAACUACUGUAGUGGAAAAGCAUCCGAUUACACAUGUGAUGCAUUAUAUCCUUCAAGCCAUAGCUUUGUUUGCACUCUCACAAGUUUCUAGGUGUCCGGAUCUCUAUUUUAUGUAUUUUUCCUCAGUCUGGUUCCAGUGCUGCUGUAGUUUAGCAGAUAAAAGAAACAUAGCAGGAUUUAUUAUUUUUUACAUUUUAUUUAAAUAUUCUUUCACUAACCCUACAGUGCAAUGUUUACACGCGGUCAGUAAGUAAAUGAUACAUCAGGGUCUAUACAGUAUGUUACGAUGCUGUUUUGAUUGUACCUUUAGAUUAUUAACAUUUCAUAUUAGAACCAUAACUUCUCUUUCGGAAUAAUUUGUCUGGCCGACGCGUCAGAUCUUAGAGAUUGUAUUGAAAUGAAUCACAACCACAUACAUGAAAUAAAAAUGGUAUAUCUACAUGUAAAAACAUGCAAUAUAUUUGGCACAUGUAUGUUCUGUAUUUGGCAAUGUCACAUAUAGCAGGAGGACACACUGCCCACUGUAGUGAGUAACACCAUGUAGACAUGAACGAUAGGCCUUUGUAAAGUACCGAACAACUUCAGGUCCACUAUGCUGGUCUCCGUUUAGUUACAGCAGAGACAACUCGCCGACCUCUUACUAAACCUGCAGAGAACAGAUAAUCUCUAUCAAUAUCAGCAGGAACAAUCAGAAAACGGAAGUAAAGAAUAAAAUAGACUUUAAUCUGAUUGUUUAUAUAUAGUAAACCUUGAUUGACCUUUUGCAGUAAUUCUACUUAAGCAUUGCAAUUUAAAGAUCACUGCUGCCAAGAUUGGUAAAGGGUAUAGAUUUUGACCAACUGUAGGUAGGCUGAAUGGUUCCUACAUUCGUACUGAAUCGAUAUUUUCUGUUUCUUGAAUCUUAUUUUAGAACGAGUUGAACGGAUUCCUUGGAUUGCCCCCGAAUGUGUUGAGGACUGCAAGAUCCUGAAUGUAGCUACGGAUAAAUGGAGCUUUGGGACCACGCUGUGGGAGAUUUGUUUCAAUGGAGAAGUGCCCCUAAAAGAUCGAACUCUUGCAGAGGUAUCAAAUUAUUAACCCCUUCCCUAAGGGUACUCCAUAAGUUAUUCAAGUGAAAGGGACAAUCCAAGACUCAUAAUAAUUGGCUUUCAAAAUGUGAAUCUGGGUGUAGUUAUAGCAGAUAAUAUGAAAGAAGAGGAGGGGAUGUUCACUCCUUAUUAAUCUGAUACCUUGUUUUGUGGAUUGGUUAAUGGAGUGCACCAAUUUAGAAGUGAAUGUGAGCUGUUGGCAUUAGGUAUGGUACGGGCACUGCUGACUUCCUUUUAACGUUUUUAGCUGUAAUGUCUAUAGGUGUGUUGGCCCUCAUUCAGUUUAUAGGGGAAAAGACGGCAUUAGUGGGAAAAAUCAACCUUCUCUUUUCCCUUCAGUUAUCUGGCAGUGGAAACAUUUCUGGAAAAUCCAAUAUAGUGUGUAAAUGUUAACACCUGAAAUUCAAUAAAAAUAAACUCUUUAAAUAGUUGUAAUUAGGUUUCAUUUGGAGUGGGUUUUUUUUUUUUUUUGAUCCAGAUUCACAUCUAAGAAAUAACUAGGGCGACCAGGACAGACCAGUCACUGACAAUCCGAACUAGGGCUACUAGGACAGACAAAUCACUGAUAAUCAGAACUAGGGCUACCGGGACAGACCAGUCACUGAUAAUCCAUAGCUAGGGCUACUAGGACAGACCAGUCUCUGAUAAUCCAUAGCUAAGGCUACUAGGACAGACCUGUCUCUGAUAAUCCAUAGCUAGGGCUACUAGGACAGACCAGUCUAUAAUAAUCCAUUGCUAGGGCUACUAAGACAGACCAGUCUCUGAUAAUCCAUAGCUAGGGCUGCUAAAACAGACCAGUCUCUGAUAAUCCAUAGCUAGGGCUGCUAAAACAGACCAGUCUCUGAUAAUCCAUAGCUAGGGCUACUAAGACAGACCAGUCACUGGUUCUUAGCACAGUCAGUCCUGUACGUGGUUUAUUGGGGAGAGCUCUGACAUGCAACUUUUAAAGUCUAAAGUAACAGAGUGAGUCCGCUAACCACAUACAAAGACACUGGCCUUCUUAGAAUUGUGAAAAGUGUGUGACAAUCAUGUAAAAAGGUCAGUUUUAACCAUAGCACAGCCUCUGUACAAUUCAACAGGAAGGAAGCUUGAGGACACAAACAAGCAUGACGAUAAGUUCCGGUAUAAACCCAUCUCUUUAGGUCACUUGUUUUUAAUUGCUAAACAGUGAAUUGUGUAUAAUUGCAAAACUUCAACCAAAUUAGGUGAGUGUUGCAAUUCAGUUUCAUUACACGUCCCGUCAAUGUUUGACCGAACUCUUGCAGGGAUGACUCAGAAAAUUAAAAUAAAAUUAAAAUAAAAAAAAAACUCUUAAAGAAUGUAAGGGAGAUCUCGUGGUUUAUUCCCUAAAAACGUGACAUGUAGGCAGUUGGCAACAGACUUGCAAAAUUUGUGUGUUUUUGAAGAAUCUUUUUAUAUUCAUGUAAAAAAACACAAUUUAAUUUAGCCUAACAAAACAUCCUAUGGCAGUUAUGUUAUUGUAGUCUCAAACGAACAGAACUGACUGUCGAUAACACUGGUCUGGAUUUGUGCAAGUUCACUUUUACCCUAAAUAGAAAAAAACUUUAUUAAUAUAAUUCAUCCACAUGUAGAUGAAGGGAGCAUGCAUGGUGUAUUAAUAUUUUAAAUCAUAAUUUUAAUUCAAAGAUGUUUUUCAGUUUUGGGGUUUUUUUUCACCCCCAUUCCUACCAAUUUAUCAAUCAGAGACAAGUGUUACACGCAGCAUUCUGUAUUCACUAAUAACAGGGCGGAUUUAGAAUUUUUGGGAAUUCAAAGUUAUUCAGAUUUUUUUUCAAAAUUCUGGCUCAAAAUAGAGAAUUGGAAAUCUUAUUCAGGGUUUUCAAAUCUGCUAUUUUGGGACUAAAGUACCAUUUUCUUUGCAUUUCUUUCAGUGGACAUUUCUGUCUAUAAUCUCUGACAGAGGACUCUGCGUGCUGCUGAUAUUUUGUUUACAUUUUAGUGAAGAAAAUCUCUAUAAACACAGACACUUGUAACAAGCUGGAAAGGAAAAUACAAAUAUAUGGCAGCUUGUCUCUAUUUGCAUAUUUUACUUAAUAGUUACACCAAAUUAACCAAUUUAUUCAAUGAAUAAGAAGAGAUGAUUUUUUUAAUGCACUUUGACGAGUGUUUAUAUAAAAUAGUACUCUUUAGUCACACCGACACACAUACUGCAUUAAAACUCAUGUUUGGAAUUCCCCCAAAGUAGCGCAUCAAACACCAGUAACAAAAAGAAAUCAAAGUGCAUUAAUACCGACAGCCACAGACAAUGAUAGCACACAAGGCUUCACUCUCAUCUGACUGCAAGAACAGAAAGAAGCUAUGUGCGGUCACUGAUGACAGGAAGCCUGCAUACUCUACAUACUUCCCAAAUAGACCCGUACAAAACUCCCCCUAGUGGCAGCCUCUCAGAUUGCAAAAAGACGAUUUAUUAGAACAACCCAAUCUAGCCCUACUAGGUUAACUUCUGUUUAACCACAGCAAAGUUUUGGUAUUAGAACAUUGGUGGGCAAUAGAUGGACGUUUUAUUCAUUUCACCGCCAAAUUAGAAUGGCAUUUUGUUUGGGGUUUAAUAUUAAUCUGCCUGACUUGUUUAAUGCUACUGAUCAUUGUUGCUGUCUGUCUUCCAGAAAGAACGCUUUUACGAUGGCUGCUUUAUGCUGGUAGCACCAGCUUGCAAAGAGUUAGCAGAUCUUAUCAAUCAGUGCAUGAACUACGACCCCAACAGGAGGCCCUUUUUCAGAGCUAUCAUGAGGGAGAUAAAUAAACUGGAAGAACAAAGUGAGAAUUUUCUUUUUAUUUCUGUCUCUGUCCUGUGAUUUACUAAACAGAUAAAAAAAAAAAAAAAUGACUGAAGGUGAAAGAUUAUAUUCUAUAUCACAAUAAUAUACUAUUUGUUAAAAUUUGUGUGUUUUUUUUUUUUUUUAAAUUUAUAAAAUUCCUUUACUGACAUUUGUGUUCAUCUGGCUUAAUUAGCAUUAGCCCUCAGACAUAGUGAUCAAGCCACAUGACUUGUGUUACAAUGUUUGUCAUUGAAGCAGUGAAGCAAAUUGAACUUGAUGGAUCUGUUGGUGCAAUUUUAUACAGCAUUUUAAUGACCAUUUGUUUAUCACCUUUAUUUGUAUUGGUGAAAUAUUCCAUCUCCAAAAAAGCCCUGUUUGGGAUAAGUGUUGGUCUCUGCCGUUUGGGAUAAAGUGUGUAUGGCACAAGAGAGGAAUGUAACAGAUUGAUUUAUCUUUACAUGUUUGUAUUUGUUAUGAAAAUUAUUUAGUUGAUUUAUUUAUUUUUGUGUCUAAUACAUCUUUCUACUUUGCUCUUUCCAUCAGAUCCAGAUAUCGUCUCUGAAAUAACUCCCCAUGCAGAAGUUGACCCAACUUUGUUUGAGAAAAGGUUCUUGAAAAGAGUACGAGAUUUGGGAGAGGUAAGAGAGUCUAAGUGAAAGAAUUAAAACCUCUUAAAACAGCUCUGUCUAUGUCUGAGUCUUUGCAUAAUUUGGAUGUCUGCUUGUGCGAGGAUGAAGCGGAAAGUGAGUUGUACUUUCCUGAAUCUGUCCCUUUCUGCUGUCACCAGGAUCUUCCUGCGUGUCUUCAGAUCCCAUAACUUCCGCUGCCAGGAGCCCAUGGCAGAAUUGUACACUGGGUCUAUGGAGGAUCCAACAAGACUGCAUGAUCCCUCAGCUGUCACAUGAGCUUGACAAAGGGUUACCCUCUACUUUGUAUUAAUAUAUCUUUUGACUGAGUUGUAAUUUCAGUGAAAUUCCAACACAGUCAAUGGGAGUAUUUCGUAGAGGUUUUGUCUUUAUGAAAUACUCAUUUUGGAAUUGGGGGUGUGUGACACUGCAACUUAAAAUGAAAAGGCUGUGAUCAUUACAGUUUGCAAAUUGGCAUCUAUUAACAUUUGAUAUGUUUUAGUGUAUGCUAAUGAUGAUUGUCCUAUAAUGAAUUUUGAUAUCAUAGGUUCUAAUGUAUUUAAAUGUAUCAAUCUUUUAUAGUGUCUCUUAGUAUUUGACAUUGGUAUGUAGUAGUUUGUAUGGCACACAUCUAUAAUCCAUUUUCUGUUGGUGAGUUGAAGACUUCGUGAGCUAAACCUUCUCCUUUUCUAUGUAUUUUAGGGGCACUUUGGUAAAGUAGAAUUGUGUCGCUAUGACCCUGAGGGAGACAACACUGGGGAUUUGGUUGCCGUCAAAUCACUGAAGCCUGGGUCCGGAGGCAAUCAUAUUGCAGAUCUGAAAAAAGAAAUUGAAAUUCUACGAAAUCUAUACCACGACAACAUUGUGAAAUACAAAGGAAUAUGUGAAGAAGAUGGUUUGUUCGAUUUAUUACCUACCCAUUUCAUUGUUUUCAGGAAUUGCAAACUGUGGGAAUUUCUAAAAGUGUCAAAAAACUAAAAGGGAGACAUUCACCGUAAAAUCAGGAGAAACAGAGGGAUCUGAGGGACAGUGAUUACUCUCUGCCUUUAAGGCGAUGUGUGAAGGAACUAC